CGGCAUUAGUGUCAAGGUUUGUGUUGGUGCACAACAGAUUACAUUGCUUGGAUGAUUAAAUUUAGUGAUGUGGAUGCAAAUGAAUUGAAACGGUUGUUUUAAUCAACAGUUUGUUUUAUGUAGCAUCAGUACAGAACUAAAAUGACGUCUAGUGGGGAACUCAAUUCAUCCACCUUUAUGCAAUGGGAGCAUUGGAAGAACGUUUUACAGUAACUAAAUAGCUACUUUCUCAGUAAGGCAUUACCUUUGGGUGUAAGAUACUGAGUUUCUUUUCUUUUUUUAAAGUAACCAGUUAUGAUUUUCAGUAACUAGCACACUGCCUAGAAGAUCCAUCUACCUUCAGUCAAAGCACUACAGAAUCUUACUGAAAAUGUUAUCUCUUUUGUUUUAUCUUCAAAAGCUGACAUUGUAUCUACAACAAACUGUGUUUGUUCACGGGUGUUGUGUGUGUGGGACUUGUUCUUGGCACAUUGUUUGAACUUCCUGAAAUCCCUGUAGGUUGCCUGGCAAACCAUUUGGUCUAGACUUGGAGUUCAAAAAGAGAGAUGUUGGCUGAUGGUCUCAUAUUGUGUUAUUUGAUUUUAGUUCAGUUACAAAAGCUAUGUAACCACAGAACUGAAAAGAGAAAUGAGAAAGCCAUAUGCAUUUCACAGUUUGUGUUUUCAGUUUCUGUUCGUUACAUACAAGGAAACUUAUUUUAUGACUUUUUAUUUUGAGGUUUAAAACACCAUGAAGAGAAAUACAGUCUUUUAACAUUUAAAAGCGGCAACACUUAAUGUCAAAAAUUCAAAGCCCAUGUGGAAGUGCAGUUCCUUGAGUGUCCACUUGAGGCUUAGCCAAAGAGGCCUGCUUCCAGGUUGACUGAAAUUGUUGUUGAGUCUGCGUUUCCAAUACGGUGUCUGUCAUUGUUGGGCUUCAAAACAAAACCAGUGAGUGACAUCACAAAGACAGUCUCCAUGUUUGAUGCAGUUUAUGGUCGUAUGACUUUCGUUACCAAAUCGACUGAGGAAUAUUCCCCCACACAACUUGAUAUGAACCCUGUGUUGCCUCUGGACCUCAGUUCUUGAGCAUGUAACAAUAUUUGUUUCGCUAAGCUGACCAACUGCAAACAAGUGUGAAUGAUCUUCCCACACAAGUCUUGGAAGAAAAGGUUUAUUAAUUAAUUGAUUGUAAAGACCAAUUCCCUCAAUAUCUGAAUCAUUCAUUCAAAGGCUUUCUGCUGUUUUAAACCCAGUUCAUUUUUCAACCAGCCUUUCUUCACAAAUAUCCUCCAGCCAUGUGUUUUCCUCUCUCGCAGCAGCUUGAGCUGAGUACAUUGUAGAAAACCUUGCUAAUUAACAGGAGCAGCCUCCAUUGAACAAAGAAAAACACUGGUAUCCUCACAGGAAUUCAAACUUCAGUGGAAAAAGACAUCAGAGAGCUGUCACGCUGUCUGGGAAGUGCUGAGAGGAAAAGUACUUGUGAAGAGCAAAAUAUCAGGUGGCUUCUUUUUGCAUGGUCAAGUUUUGUUGUACUAGUUAACCAGUAAAUCUGUCUAGUUUGGCUUGUAUUACACCUUUUAUAGGCUGUAAGUUUGGGGUGUAAAAAUGCACUUUUCCUGAACAGUUUUGUAUGUGUACAUUGAGAUACUGUACAGAUCUGAUCACCUAAAAUGGACAUGCAACACCCCCACUAUGAGGUCAUGCUGUUACAUCAGCCGGGUACCGGACUUGUGGCUUUGGAGAUCUAGACAGUGACCUGCAAAUCCUAUUAACAGUCAUGUUACCUGUUAAAGUCUCCUUCCCACGCCCUUCAACCAUAGCAUAACAAUCACUCUGAGGACACUACAGACGCUAAUUUCAGAGCUGUUUCACUUUCCAAAAUUAUAUCUUUAACCUCUAGAUUAAAUCUCAGGAUUUACUAGCACUAGGUUAGACCCCUGCAAAUCCCUCGGUGACUCCUUUUUACGCUAAGUCAGUCAUAAAGAGAUACACAUGAGGACAGGUGACGUUUAAGCCUCCAGACAACCAAAACAUGCUUUGGCGAUAAGCCCUUCUGGCUAAUUUCGCGCCUUUAAUUUAAAAAAAUGUCAUUAAAUGUGAGUUUUUGUCGCUUCAUCGCACAAACAUGUCUCCUUGAGUCUUCUUUUCGUGCCUCUCUAUUUGCUGCUGUGUAUUCGUACGAAACAAAAAGGGACUUGUGUAACUGCGGCAUUGUGUCAAGUCUCUGAAUCAGACGCCUUUUGUGUGUCCCCGGGGAGCGAGGAGCAUUACUCACACUCAGAGUAGGAAGCUGUGAGAAAGAAAUACAGCCUAUUUCUCACACUGCAGAGAGACCAUGUAUGCUUUCUGUGACAUUUUUAAGGCUUUCUAUCCACUUGUGUUGUUGGUGUUUGCCGGUUUUAACAGAUGGUGGUGUUAUCAGGCUUCUUAGUGCAGCUUUAAGGACUUUUCUUCUGGUAAAUUGUAGUUUGGCAAAGCAUGAAUUAUUGAUAUCAAUCUUUUUUUGUUUGUUUUUUUUGAAACCUGAAUGCUGUCAUCAAAUGUAGUGGAUAAUUUCAGCAGGACAGCGUGCACCGUGUGUACAGAAAACAGCUUACAGUGUUGAUUGGCCUAUCUCUCUGAAGUAAGAGGAUUAGAGGGGAACUCUUAUGUUUGUGCCUAUGUGUGUCUUUGCCUGUGCCAGCACUCGUGUGUGUGUGUGUGUAUGCGUGUGCUACCAGCAGGUGUACUCAAACACGCCUACCAGCAUGCCCGUGUGCACACACAUAGAUACCAGCUAGUAAGAUUGAGUGAGGAAAGGAAGCUGUGACUUUAAAGGUAUUUUUAGUCCCUGGUGUCUCACUGGUCAAAAGAAACUGGCGUUGAGGGGGGGAAUUAGACGCGUGCCAAGUUGCUAAUAGGGAUGAGAAAAGCUCAGCUCUAAUGGAAAUUAAACUUCACUUGGAAGUACAGCGUCACUUGGAAGCUACCUCAACUGACUUCAAGGCUACACAAGCUUUCCUGCACAUAAGCACAAAAAAUAAAGGUAUGUAUGUGCUUUUUUUGUUCGUCUUUUUAGACUAUUAGGUUCUACAAAUGGAGAGGAUUAAAGGUGAAAGCUGUCUUGGCAAGUUACUAGUUGUGCUUGUGUAUCACAGAGACACAGGAGCUUUUAUACAUCUCUGAAGUUUCAUUGAUCUUAGCUAAAUUGUCUUAUUGUGUAAACUUGCAGGUUUUUUGUCCUGGACAAUAUUAUUACAACUUUAAAGAUGAGUUAUGAGUUUAUCUGCUACCUUUGUCUGCAGGAAAAUAAAUGCCUUUGUUAAGUGUCUUUGCCCUUAACCCCGGUGUUGUAUUCAAAUUUAAUGAACACAGAAGGGAGUGUGUUAUCUGGUUACCUGACUCGGGUUACCGGCAGGGUUACACAGCUACAGUCCAUCUUAAACAAACUGUAAAAGUUCAGGGUGGGAGCUCAACAACAUGGGAAUUUAAUGUCUGAGAGAAACUCAGUACUUUGUGGAAUCUGUAAAUAAUGCCCCAUUUUAUAGUAUCCUGCUGAUGAUUUGGAACACGCUUUUUUUGCUCUCUCACUUUAAAGCUGUUUAUACUUUUUUAAUCCAAAUUUAUUGUGUGAAGUGGCAAGUCAUAAAUGAAAAUCUAUAUGAAUAGUAUCCAUCGCUCAAGUUCACUGUAGACUGUUUAAAACCUGGACAUAGUCUUCGUGACUUCACCUUUUGUUCUGAAAACCAGCAAUGUUGUUCGCCUUGUUGUGAAUGCAGUCUCAACCAAACAAGUGGGUCUUGAGUCAUCUUGCAAACAGCCACAUCUUGCCCGUGUGUCAUCCAAGUCAGCCAUGCCUCUAAUCAUAAAAAACUUCAGACCAUAAUACCCUUGGAGGUACAGUAUAUGCAAUAGGGAAUUUUAGCAAUAUUUAGCACUCACAUUAAGAUGAAAAUGCCCCCUUCCCCACCCCACCCCUCCUGUUGAGGAUGUGACAGUGGCCUUCAAGUUAUUUUUGCCGUAAAAUAUCCCUUAAAAUUAAAAAGUAAAGCAGCUACACACUAAAUACAAAAACGCUGUCUGUUCUCGACUACUGUUGAAACAUGAUGGUUCAAGAUGGCGUCUCCUUGUACAAACAUCUGUACCUUUAAAAUAGAUGGCUAAUCUAAUGUAAAACUGACAUAUAUUUAUGGGGGUUUCUUGGCUUUUGGAACCUUUUUGUGCCUUUUUCUUCAACUUUCAUCACCAAAGGUUGAUGCUUGGUCAAAACCAGAGAUUUCUAACUAUUUUUGAUUUUGCAGCUGUCUUUUUUUUUUACAAGUCUUUUUGUACAGUGUAUCAUACACAGUAGAGUUUCUCCUCCCCCUAUACUGUCAGAUGUUUCAUUCAAGUAGAAAUGCAUCAGGAGAUACAACCCUUGAGAUUUUAGAGAAACAGAAAAGAGACUCUAAAAAGGGGGUAAUGAUGCAUACAUUUACUCCUCUACUUUAUUUAUCAUUUGAGGCUCCAUUGGAUAUAUCUUGAGCUGCCUUUAGUUUCAAAUGUCACUCAAUCUGAGGAAUUUGAGUGAAUUACUGAAUGCAUCCAUGCUGAGGAUUUUUUCUCCAACUCAGCACAUUUUGAGGAACUGAAAAACACAUUUUUUUCCAAGAUUAUAAUAGAAAUAUGCUUCAAGGACCCUGGUAGGAUUCUGCUGGUGUAUUCUGGGUACACUGUGUGCAGGUGUGAGUGUUUGCGAACUGUUUGGUUGGCACUCGCCUCAGAGAAAGCCUGUCCCCGGGCCUGUGUCUGAUGCGUGUUUACACCUGUGUUCAUCUGUGUGACAGUCUGCCAGUCAGUCAGUGUGUCUGUCCGUCUGGGUGAAUGUGUUUGCUUUGCAUGACUGGAUGCUUCAGUCAGUGUGUUGAUGUGACUGUGUGGGUGAGAUACAGUGAGAGAAAAGAGAGAGAGCGUGCAUGUGUGGCUGCUUCCGCCUCACAGCGUAGAGACAAUCGGGCCAUGCUUCAGCGCUCAGUGUGAAGAAGAGGAGGAGCUGAGCAAUGGCUACACUACCAUCGUUUAUCACUGUAGACAGAGACCAAGAGCACCGUCUUCUUACCCAUAUGUGUAGACUAAGGUGUAAAGGAGGAGGAGGAGGAGAGGACUGAGGGACUAAGGCUGUAAAAGAGAAAAGCACUGCAUGCUAGAUUUAGGCUGGAGCAGAAGCUUAGCUUAGCACAAGAAAAAGAAAAGAGGGAAAUGACUCCCCUGGAAACAAAUAGAUGUAGAAUUAUGUGACUCUAUAUGUUGUAUUUUUGGCUGUUUUUAAUCUUUCUAGGUUUUUUUAAUGAUGGUUUUGUGCAGCUUUAUUGAUCAGUUGUUGUUAUAGCCUGCACAUCAAUCCAGAUGUACACACAACAUUUAGUCUUUAAGCUAUUUAAGCAAACAAAAGCUUUCACUUUUUCAAAAAUUUCAAGCUAAUGUGCUAAAAAAUUUAUACUUUGAAGGUUUUUUUCAUCCAAUGUUGUAUAGUUUGACAAUAUUUGUGUUACCCUUGUAGUUUAAUGUUAAUUUAAAGUAUAGGUUGCUGUUUAAAAACUAUAAACAUUUGAAACAGGAAGAUAUAUAGCAAGUAGUCUGAAAGCAGGGAAAACAGCCAGCUUGGAUCUGUUUUUUGUUGUAAAAACUCUACACCAUUAGCUUAAAAGCCACCAUGACUUGUUCUUCAAAACAAUUUGUAAGAAACUAGGGGGAUGGUUUUUUGUUGGAGUGAGUGCCAGGCUAAUUUCUACAGCAGUAACUUCCCCAUCUUUUUACCCGUUUGAAUUACAACAGCAGAGUCACACAAAGCUUAGAUUGUUAUCUAACAGCCCACUAGCAGGAGCUGUCAUCACAUCUACUUUGGUUAAAAUGAUGACCUGCGGUGCCAUGUGAUCUCCAGUGCUUUUAUUCCCAAUCCCUCCCGAGUAGUAAGAAAAAAAAAAGGCAAGAAAAAUGGAGUUAGAAAAAAGCAAGAGGCAGGUUUGGGUGUAUUCUCCUUAGAUGAAAAUAAACCAGUCCUCCUAUCCAGCCCAACCCAGGUACUAAAAGCUAUGAACUGGAUGCAUAUAGGACACAUCUGCCCCAGAGCUUUGCAGACAACACGAGCCGCUCUGUCAUAUUGCAACACAUCUGUUUGACACAGAGCCGAGUCGACGUAUUUUAAUAUCCUACUAGCUGGGUCUGGUGACCGGUUGUGCAUAUUUCUCGUACAGUGCAGAUGGAUCUACUGUAAACUAGUUUUGCAAUAGCAGCAUGUAGGCUGAUGAAAUGGAGUUGUAAUGUUUCAUCGUGUUUCAUUGGUGGGUGUAAUGUUGUUUAGUUUUAUCUAUGCAACAUACCGCACAGUCUGUUGUCUCUUCAUCAGUUAGCUCUCAUUUGAUCCUGUGCAGGUUCCCCUCAAGAUAACACCAGCAAUCUUUUCUUUACAAGAGGAGGGCAGAUAAAGAGCUCAUGGUGAUUUAUCUGACUGCAGCCGACCUGAUGCUUCUGCGAGCCCUCUGAUUUUACAUGAACACAUUUGAGAAAAUAAAAGGUCCAGACAUGAGAUGGAACAUCUUACAAGUGCCAAGUGAAAAAAGCAAAAACAAAACACAAAGCAUAUGAGAUGAGAGAUUAUCGUGAGUCAUUUUAAAGCCUCUGCAGAUGGUUCUCUGUGUUUCUGGAUAUCUCAUGGUUGCAUUUUCCCCUUAAAUGAGAUUGAUCCCAAAGAUUAAGGAGUUUUGGUCAGAUGUGAGUCAUAUAAUUCAGGGACAAGGACUUAUCUAGUAUGUUGGACAUAGCUAGGAGAGUUUAGUCAUUACCUCUGCAAUUUGAGUCUUUACAAGUAAAACUGCCAGCUAGUUAUUAAAAAUGAUAAAUAAUAGUAGUAGAUUUUAUUUAAAAAACACUUUAUAUUGUAAAAAACAAUCUCAAAGUGAUACAGCAGGAGUUAAAACAAGUACAACCACAACAGCCUAAGAUUUUGAAAAUUAAAAUGUCGUCCAAAGGGAAAGGUUUAAGUCCCUUUUUAAAACUAGAAACAGUCUGUGGUACCCUCAGGUGGUCUGGGAAGGCGUUCCACCGGCGUGGGGUGGCGGAACAGGAAUAUUGAGCUGGUGGGUGUUGGAGGGGUGGAGGGAACGGGCUGAGAGGUUAGGGGUGAGGAGCUCUGUCAGAAAUGGAGUGGUGUUGCCAUGGAAGCAGUGGAGGGUGAGGAGAGAGACCUUGUAUUCUCAUUAUUCUGCUUUUUCUUAAAAGGGAAUUUAAAAAUUGUAAUCUACUCAAGUUAAACAACUUAUCGAGACUUUAAACUACUGAGUAAUGGGGGACAAUUUUUCCAAUUGUCAAUUUUUAAAAGUUGUGUUUUAGGGCAUUUUUGCCCUUACAGAGACAGUAAAGGUGGAGAGCAGAGAGCUGGAGAAAACACACAUCAUAGGGUGUUGUUGGAUUGUGGGAACAACAGUGAUUGUAAGGACUAGGAAGACCAGCCCUGUACACAGGUCACUUAGACCUCUAGAUCAUAGGCCACAGCAGAAACCACAGCAGAUAAGUUAUGUGAAAGCACACUCCUAUACUAUGUCAAAUAAAGCUAAGUUUAGUACUUUCCACAGAAAAAAACUUAAGUAAAAGAUAUUGAUAAAGGCCUGUGAAUAUUGAAUAAUAUUGGAAACUACUCAAAAAGAGUACAGAAACAUGGAGAGGAUAAAUGCAGGCCUGUUUGUCACUUUCCACCCCUAGUAGAUCAUUGACCCACAAACGACAACCUUUUCACAGCUUUCCUCUUGUUUUUUUCCCUGAAGAAUAUUUAAAAAACUACAAUGAAACAAUGAGCUGAUCAGAGACUUCAGACAGCAAAAGCCUCACCCGGAUUUCUUUCCUUUUCAAACUCAACCUCGACCCUUCAAACGCUCGUUUCAAAGCAACGGUGAGCAGCGUUUGUCGCCUUUAAAAACAUAUUUUCCCCCUGAUGAUGUCUUCUGAUCACCUGUCAGGGGCGGAGCAUGCGCAGUGUGCAGCAGAGAGCAACGAAGCUGCUGAAGAACCUUCGUCAAGAAAACCGAGUUUACAAAGAAAGAAGCGGAAGUAGACUAAUGUUAGUUUGGUCCGGUAAACAAAGAUAAAACCUUUUGUUACAUGUUAUACCGUCAUGUUGCACCAUAGUCACCAUCUGUAGUUGCAACAGUUAUUUUCUAUGAAGGCUAAUUAAAGUUUGGACGUGCUUGAAUGCCAGCUAAUUAGGUGUUUUAUUUUGUAAAUGCACCGGAAACGUGGUUUCGUGGUUGUGAGAAAUAGUAAUACAGAGACCCCCUCACGGAAAACUGUGGUAACUGUGGUAUACAGCUGCAGAGAUGCGCGACACAGAAAAACAAGGAGGACCGAGGGAAAUAGAGGGACAGCACCGGGAAGGGAAGUAACCACUCCACAUCCACCGUCUGAGAUGCUCCGAGACACCGAGGAACACCGUGUUCGCUCCACGCUCCGGACAUAAAACCCGCAAAGAGGUCUCGGAUCGUGCAUUGAUCCGAAUACAAGGGGGAACGGGAGGGGUCGAUCAUGGGGAACGAAGCGAGCCUGGAAGGAGGCGAAGGGCCGCCGUCUGGGCUGCCGGAGGGGCUGGCACCGGACGGGAAGGGCGGCUUCGUGCGGGUCUCCGACGGGACUCCGGUCAACCUGGAUGAACUCAGCGACGAGCAGAGGAAGCAGCUCGCCGCCGCGAUGUCAAGGGCGCAAGGCAGGCAGCCUGGAGGCGCAGCGGCUGCACGAAGGCAGGGCAAUUUAAGCACCUUGUUUCAUUUUUCCAGUGCACUCAAAAUACCUACAUGAACCAGGCUGUGAUACGUGAGAGAGAGGAAAGGAUGGAUGUGUUUAUGGUUGUGAGAAGGAAGAUGUUCACGCCCAUUUCUAAAUCCUGCCAACCGCAUCAAGACGCGGUCCAUUCUUCGAGCUCUGUCUAAUGGAUUAUCAUUAAUAAGAUGUGAUGAUCUGCGUGACAGAAAGAGAUUGUAAUCUUUCUAAUGCAGCUCUAUUAUUGGCUUGGCCCGUUCAAUUGAUAAGCUGCAGCUUUGACCAUUAUGCAUCUGCUGUUUUCCAUGAAAACAUAUUUUCAAUAGAUGAUUUUCCCAGAUGAAAAGCCUGACUUGAACCACAUUUGGUUAAUUGUCAGCCUCACUGUCGGUGGUUUGUCUUAGUGUGAGAUCAGAGCGUAAGAGACACACCUCCAUACUUGUGCGAAAUUUUCGAAAUGCCUGCUGGGUAAGAAAAUCUGUCGUGCCCAGUGUUUUUUUUCUCCUUUGAACGACGCCUUAACACCCAGCUUAUCAUAUACGUCACAUUUAUCAGACUCUAUCCUGUCCUUUCCUUGUAGUGCUAAAUAAAAUUCUGAAUUUCACUCAUUUAAAUAGGUUGUGUGGGAAAUAUAGAGAAAGGACUGCCAGUGAAAACAGUGUGCUUAUCCAUCUACAAUGUUCCAGAUUUCAAAUUUUUGUAUAAAACCAUGAAAAAAAUUCAACAUAUGUAGGUUUGACAUGAUAUAAUAUGUUGUGGUGCUGAUUGGCCCUUUUUGGGGUAGAAUUGUUAUUUAUAUCUGAAGCAGGAGAAGGGGGGAGGGGUGCAUCAAUAUUAAUAUGACUAAAAAUAGAGCAGCAGCGUUAAUGUCAUCACACAUGGACUUCCCCUCCUGCUGCUUUCAUUUCUUUAAAUGUAAAAGUCAGAUUUCAUCCUCCCUCGCUGUCAUCCUCUGUCUAGUCGCUGUCCAUGGUGCUGAAAUCAAGCUGCAUUGAAUUGGCAGUACACCACCUCUACUUUAAAUUGUUGCUUGGUUCUUAUGACACAGAAUUUACUGUAAAAAAUUCAUCAAAUGAAAUAUUCAUGACUCCGUUAAACUUGCAAUGUAAUUUAUACAAAACUAAUAUGUAUGUUAGAUGCAGGAUCACAACAUAAUUCAGUCAGCCCAUUGGUCCCCUGAUGCAUGUCCCAAAGGAUCCCCUUGACUUUUGUGUGUAGGUUGUGUUUGCCUGCUCUCAGCCUGUGCUAACAAAGAUGUCUCAGCUUACCCCCACUGAGCCGAGCAUUUCCCUCUCAAUCUCAAUGAUCUGCACUCCACGUCAUUCAGCGGUAUUCACUCUCCUGUCAGCUUGACCUGAGGGCUGCUGGACACACAUUUUGUGCUCACUGAUGUGUUGAAAAGGGCCCGAUAUUACAAAGCGCUAAUGCCAUGGUCUUUGCUUUUAUUAUUAGCUCAGUGAAGCCACAGUAGAGGCAGAAGAGGGAGGAAACACACCAGGCAAGAGCUGUGAAAUUGACCAGCGGCAAAUGAGUGGAAAAAUGUGCAUGUACAGUUAAAGAGGAGGACAAAGAAAUCCAAAAUCAUGUUAACAAUAAAAUAAACACUCAGUUUGAAUCAACUUGUCAAAUGUAUUGUUGUUCUCUGUUCUGUCUUUUGUUCUGGACUAAUACUUGGUACUGUCAGUCAAAUAUUUGUUUUAUUUCAGGAAUUGUGUUUGUAUUUUUUGGUGAUUUUGAUGUCAAUCCAUUUUUUUGUUUGCUGCCAAACAAAAAACUUAAAUACAGCGAGGGCUUAGAGAAAUGAAGAAUGUAACAUGUAAUAAGUAUACAGUCUUUGACUCUCCAACAUCAGGUCUGUUGUUUUCACCAGUUUAUCAUUUUGAGAAUCUUGAUCAUAAUAAGAGCCUGUUUUCUUUGUUUCUGUUUCAGACCAUCGGAAUCUGAUGCCCAGCAUAGUCCUCAGCAGGUAGGGGCCUCCAGGGGCCCUGCAGGUCUCAGUAAGAGCAGAACUGUAGACGCCUUCAACCAGGGUCCACCAGGUAGGCCCACACCGGGCCGUAGCCCCUCCUCCCUCAGCCUCUUCGAAUCCAGAUUCCGGCAAGAGCCUAAAGACCCAGAGACCAAGUCCUCCGGUAUGUUUGGCUCAAGCUUCCUCAGUGGGGCCAAUCCCCUCAGUGCCGUGUCCUCCAUGACCUCCUCUGUCUCCUCCUCCAUCUCCUCCAUGGGGGACACUGUCAACAUGCCCAAGUUUGGACUUUUUGGGGAUGAGGAGGAAGGAGGAACUGCAGCACCUGAUCCUAAACAGGGAGGAAAGCCACCAGGAAAGGGCCCCCAGCAAGGGCCAGGACCAAGGGGACCUCAACAAGGACCACCUCAGAAACAGGGUCAGGGACCACCUGGACAGGGGCCAAAACCAGGGCAAGGACCCCCAGGGCAGGGUCCAAGGCAAGGCCAAGGUCCUCCUGGACAAGGGCCUCCAGGACAAGGUCCAAGGCAAGGCCAGGGUCCACCAGGCCAAGGACCAAGACAAGGUCAGGGUCCACCAGGCCAAGGACCUCCUGGUCAGGGACCCAAACCAGGUCAGGGUCCACCAGGCCAAGGACCUCCAGGGCAACAGGGCCCCAAACCAGGUCAGGGUCCACCAGGCCAAGGACCUCCAGGGCAACAGGGCCCCAAACCAGGUCAGGGUCCACCAGGCCAAGGACCUCAAGGGCAACAGGGUCCCAAACCAGGUCAGGGUCCACCAGGCCAAGCACCCCCAGGGCAACAGGGUCCCAAACCAGGUCAGGGUCCACCAGGCCAAGCACCCCCAGGGCAACAGGGUCCCAAACCAGGUCAGGGUCCACCAGGUCAGGGCCCUAAACAGGGAGGGCCUCCUCAGCAAAAAGGUGGACCCCCUCAACAAGGACCUGGAAAACCUGGACCUAAACAACAAGGGCCACCAGGGGCCCAAACUGGAGACCCAGCUAAGAGUGGAGGACCUCCUGGAAAGCCUGGAGGCGGUCUUUGUCCGCUGUGUAAGACCACCCAACUGAACAUUGGGUCUAAGGAUCCGCCUAAUUACAGCAACUGCACAGAGUGUAAGAACCAGGUCUGCAGCCUUUGUGGGUUCAGCCCUCCAGACUCAGCGGUAAGACUCUGAUCAUUAUUAUUAUUUAAAUCUUAGUCUUAAAAAGUCGAUCAUUACUCCUAGAAGGUCCUAAAGUGACUUACAUUUGUGUCAGCAUUUCGCACACGGCUGCCUGUUUGUGGUGAGAUACUCAAUGGUCAAAUGGAAUUCAAGUCUCCUGCCAAGUGUACCAGCGUUUAUCUUAUAAUACACAAGGCAGUGUAUGUUUAAGGUCACAUAUUAUGCACUUGACUGUUUACCCAACCAACAUGACAGUGCAGAAAUCUUAUCAUAAAACAGAAUUCAGUUUUUUUCUUCUUUUUUUUAGGUCGAGUGUAAGCUAAAAAUUUCUUUUGGAUUUACGGGAAUGAAGAAAUUCAACUCUGUAUAUAUUGAUUAGGGCUGUCACUGCAACAGUUAUUUUGGCCAUGAGAUAAUACCAUAAUAUUAUCACUAUGUUUUGAAAAACCUGAAAAUAAAACAGCACAACCAGUCCUAUUAAGGAAAGCACUGCUACGGAGGGGAAACAGGAUAAACGUAAUACGGAAUAUUAGGACUGGGACGGUGUGCUUUUCUCCUGAUUCGAUUCUUCUACGAUUUUUUGGAUGCUGAUUCGAUUUAAAUUGCGAUACUACGAUAUUGUCAAUUUUCUCGGUUUUUAGUCUGCUUUUUUAACACCAGUGUAACAGUUGAAUGAUUAUGACUGUCUACUGACUAUUCCAGGAUCCAUAUUUCCCCCAAAAUACAAAUCACAUGUAAGUCAGUUUUUAAGAUUUACGCUUAAAUUUGACAAAAAAAUAAUUUUUGAACAAAAAAUCGAUUUAAAAAUUGUAAAACAAAAAAUUGAGAUGAUUUUGUGAAUCGAUUUUUUUCUCCCGCCCCUAUAAUAUAUGCUGUCCAUUUGUAAUUAUGUUUAGAUCUAUGCCAUCAUUUUAAAGUGCACCAAGAUUUAAGUUCCAAAACUUAUUAUAAACAGUUAAAAUAACAGUUUUCUAUUGAUUAGUGACUUGAAAAGGCUUCAGUACUCACACUGUUUUUAAAUUUACAACAAAUCUUAAAAUGCCAGUUUUUUUAGACAUGCCUAGACAUUUCCCAGAAAGAUGCUGCAGCUAUCUUGCUGGCAGCUGCAACUUCUUAAUCUUUGCUCUGCUUAAUUAUGUGCUAACUGGUGUAAGGGACCACUUAUUGUAAUGCAAUAUGCUUAUUUCUAUAACAAUAUAAAAAAACCUUAUUGUCACAUUGCAAACACAUUAAGCACUAAUGUUUAAAGUAUUCUAUCAAAUCAUUUAUUAAGACUGGAUCCAGUUUUUUUAUGUGAAUUCAUCAUUCUCUAUUAGCAGUAUAUUGCUGUUCUCUGAGAUCAAACAAGAGCAUGCGCAUGAUUUGAGGAACAGAGCGACCAUAUGGACACAGGGAAUGUGGUGAUCAAGGUGACUCAUGUCAUGGCCACAGGAAGAUACUGUGCCAGCCAGUCAGGGCACUCCGUCACACAUGGACCACAAACACUGGUGGGCUUUGCUUACAGCAGAGCAGAGUGACUGGUUCCUUCUGCUUGGGAUUCUUUUGGGGAUUUGUUACUACGCCGAUAAAGGUCAACAGCUAUUUUUUAGCCGUUGAUGUGAGAACUACAUGUCUUUAAAACGCACACUUGUUCUUGUGACAGUUACCAAUGCAGGGGUGCCGGUUUUCUUCUGGUUGAUAGACCUUAUCUUAGUCAGAGUCCCAGCACAUACAAAAAUAGUCAUUGUUGCACUCUAGAUAAUGAUCAAAUAGUCAACAUUGGACCUUUUCAACUCUGUGGUUUGCACACAUUGGGAACCAAGGAGAUGACCUAUGCACUAAACAAAGACCACUAUUGUGUCGCUGAGUUCAUGGGAACAGCAUGAAAAAGCAUAAAUUCAGACGGUGUAGAUUUUCCACUUACUGCCUUGUUGAAGAUAUUCUCUUGCUCACAGACGAUAUAUUAUUUUUAGGAUGAAAUAUGAUGUGUGUUCAUUUUUGAUGUUUAUAGAAUAAGACGUGUAAUUAUAAAAAAAUAAAAAAAACCAGAAAAAACGCCUUUAAUGCUAUAUGAUUGUUCCGUUGCCUUGACUGGCUGAUCAGCAAAUUAGCGGAUUUAAAUUUUCUGAUGUUAAAAGGAGGCAAUUUGGUUGGGGAAAACAGGAUGGAGCUUAUUUGGAACACUAAUUCAUGUACAUGUCUCUAAAUUUGUCUGUAUUUACGCAAACAAAAUGAAAAUGCUCAUUGUCUAGGUUUAAUUGGUUCUGCUUGCCCGCCUGUGUUUAAACUGUAAUUGCACAUGCCAUUGAUGUCUCUGCUCAUAACAGUCUGGAUAUUUAUUCCAGUCUAACCUAACCCAUUUCUUGUUUCAUGCACAGGGUAAAGAAUGGCUGUGCCUGAACUGCCAGAUGCAGCGAGCGAUGGGAGGUAUGGAUCCCCCUGGCAUGACAAAACCCAAACAAGGCUCAGCCCCACCCUCCCCCCAGAGACAACCACCCGGCAAGCCUGGCAAGCUGCUGAUAAAGCAGCAGAGUACCACCGACCAAGGGUUAACACCACCGACCACGCCAAGGCAGAAAUCGCCAGGUGCAACAUCUCCAGGACCUUCGUCUCCAGGCUCCUCAAUGGGAGGAUCACCUAAGAUUGACCCAAAGACUGGGCGUCCGAUACAGAAGUCCACUCCCCAGCAGUCUCCAGCUAAAGGAAAACAGGAGUCCAGCUUCUUUGGGGGUUUAGGAGGUAUCAGUCUUGGAGGUUUAACAGACGUGGCCAAACCUCCUGCAGCUGCCACUCAAGGUGGUGGAGGGUUCUUUGGGGGGUUAGGUGGUUUAAUGGAUUCGUCAAAACCUCAAGCGCAGACUGGAGCUAAACAGGAGGAGUCUGUUGCUGGGAAGUUCUUUGGAGGUUUUGGGGGUUUGACAGAAUCGGCAAAACCUCCUGCAGCAGCCUCUCAAAUGUUCAGCUUUGGGUCAUCGCUUUUGACUUCAGCCACAAAUAUCGUCACUGGAGAAGAUGACAAAGCAGCAGGUUCUCCACCAGGGUCGCCGCCAGACUCCCCUGCUGACUCCGGACCGGGUUCCCCUCCGGAUUCUGGCCCUGGAUCACCACCUGACUCGCCUUUCUCUCCUCCAGGGUCCCCGCCUGAUUCGGACUCUGCUCCUGACACCCCACCAGCCUGGCUCAAGAAACCUCCCAGAACAAUGUCUGUGGAGAAGGAAGACAAAAAACAAGCAGGCAAAUCUGCAGCUGCACCUGCUCCAACAGCCAAGGAAAGCUGCCCUCUCUGUAAUGUGGAUCUGAACGUUGGUUCGGCAGACGUGCCCAACUUCAGCCUUUGCACUGAGUGCAAGAAGAAAUGCUGCAACCAGUGUGGAUUUAACCCAACUCCUCAUUUAGGAGAGGUAGGAAAUGUUAUCACACCUACACUGUUGUCUCCAGCCUUAUCCUGUUCUUUUAACACACGGCACCUACCAGCAAUUUAUGCAUUCUGUCGCAUAUAAAUAGAACGCAAGCUUCCUCUGGAUGUUUCAUUGAAAUAGGUCACAGCAAAGACACCAUCAGCAGUGCCAGUUUACAGCUUCUUUUCAAAAGCAACAUCUCGCAAAAUACUCUGAUGAGGAGAUAUCCAACUGUGAGUUUUGGGAUGUAAAUUCCUCUAAAUACAUGCAGUGAAGACAUCUACAUUACAUGUCUGACCGCUGAAUGAAUGGAUGUGGUCAAUUUAUCCUGCGUUUUCAAAUGCCAGUCUCAUUACUACCAGGCUUUCUUUGGUGGAGAGGGCAGCCAGAAAUGUCAAGAUAAAUUAGGUUGUUUAAAUGGAUGUCUCAUCAUAGAACAGCACUUCAAACAAUUGACACUUGACUCCGAAACUUGAUACUUGAUUGCUUGUGGGUUUAACCGUUGGUUUUAAUGUGCAGAAUACCCCAGUCUCUUCAUAUUUAAAGCAUUCUUUACUUAACAUUAUUUACAUCUUAGCAAUUUCAUUUGCUUGUGUGUUUCUACGCGUGAGUUUGUCAUUACCGUGGUGUGGAAACCAAACACCUCUGGCCUGCUUUUCUCCUGAGUUACAAGGACUGUUUCCUGUGCUGCACUGUUUUGUAUUGAAACCUCAAAAAAGGCGUUCAGAUCCACAGAGCAGAUGGAGUAUUAUAUGUAGUGUAGAAUCAGUAUUUUAUGGUGAUAAAGGCUCACAAUUUUGUACUCUUUCAUAUGCUUUCUUCACUUAAAACUCGAGGUGAAGUAUUCUAGUCCUUACACACAUGCUAUUAUUACCGAUACAGUCCAGUGGGAGUCUCCCUUAUUGAAAUUCAAAGCUGCGCUCGGCUAAAUCGGCUGACUUCCUCGGUCACCUACAUUCUGAUGUUUGAUUGUAUCCUGUUAACAUGGUCAUGCGAUUCAGGCCACGUGUUGGUCACCCUUCACUCUCUCUAGGCUUCACGUGUUGGCUUCUUUGUCACCUAGUGGUUCUAAGUGAGUCUUAAGUAAUUUGCUGUGUAUUUCUGGCGCACUGAUGAGCCCUCUGUGACAGUGGAAAGAGCUAAGCUGAUCUGUAAACAGGAAAUGGAAAAAUCUAUGUAGUAUUGCCAAUUUCAAUGCUGCAUGUUAAGCUAGGCUAACCGGCUGUGAGCUGUAGCUCCAUACUGUUAGUUGUAUCUUUGUCAGAACCCUGUAGGAUUCAAAGUUGUGUAAUUCUUCAGUGUCCAGGCCAUGCUAUAGGCCAGUGGUUCUCAAAUCCAGUCCUCGAGCCCCCCCGUCCUGCAUGUUUUGGAUGUUUCCCUGCUCCAACACACCUGAUUCAAAUGAUCAGCUCGUUAGUAAGCCAUUCCAGAGCUUGAUAACGAGCUGAUCAUUUGAAUCAGGUGUGUUGGAGCAGGGAAACAUCCAAAACAUUGCAUUGCGACUGUGAAGACUGGAUGGUAUAUCCAAAUUUGAUUUUAUUAGUGAUAAUAUCUCUCAUCACAGUCAGUUAAAAGAUGGCUAACAUUUGUUUACAGCAGUGGCAGCACCAUUUACGACUAAUUUUCUUUAACAGUUCCCAAUUUUUGUCUCACUGUAGCUUUGAAUUUAAAUCACAAUCAUGUUAUAAGACAUGGACAUUGAAGCCAAAAAUGUUCCCACUGAUCCUUUAAAAUUCCCUUUUUGUCUUAGAGACAGGACAGUCAGUUCAGUUUUUUUUAAGCAUGAUUCAGCUAAAAUGUGGUGCAAAAAGAUGAAUCAUGUUUGACUGGAUACAAAUAAAACCCUUCAUUUGCACAGGAACAGAAGUCAAUAUUAAACAGCAGUACCUUGUGGGUGAAAGACACGCGUACGCAGCACCUCGGUUGAGUCAUCGACCCCCCCAUAUACCGUGCCUCACUUCUGUGUCAUGCGCUGUCAUAAUGUCGGCUGUCAUUGGGGGUUUACUUGCUGACGUCUGGGAGUGGGUCAGAGUGCCGUGUGUGUAUAUACCUGUGAGCUGAGCAGCAUGUUUUAUGAGGAAUAAGUCAGGUAUGAUGCUGUAGUCUGGUGUGUGCUUCCAUACUGAAAAGGUGCUGCCUGUUUAAAUAACUUUGAAUCCUUACAAUCUGUGUAUAUGUGUGUUUGUGUGGUUUAGACUGUAGUUUCUGGGGCUAAAGUUUUGCAUUUCAUCCCAUUUAAAUACAGGAGGUUGAGUGUAUGCACACUGAGUCAGCACGUGUGUGAAAGUAGACGUAAUCUCUCCUUCCUAAAAGGAUUAAAAAGGCAACAGGAAGCCUGUCGUCUCAAUCACGGCUUGCUCCUGGUGUCCUAGGUGACUAAGAGGGGUGGUUUUCUCUUUCUUUCUCAAUUCCUUUCCGUCACAGCCCUCCAUCUAUCGUGGCCAGCCUUACCCAGAGUCUCUCCUUCAUUUCCACCUGUUUUAUGUCUUCUUUCUCUCUAUCCUUUAAUCUUUUUCUAUAUUUAUAAGGCCCUGAGGAGACUCACUUAAUGCUGGUGGUUCUCUGUUGCUGAUCCUUCCUUUAAACACAGUCUUUUCUCCGUGUCAGACUCUCCCUCUGUGGUGCCAUCCCUUUGCUUUCUCGGUGUCGUUCCCACUUUGAUGUAGGGAAAGUCUGUAAAUGUGUGUCUGUGUCUAGUGCUGCUCAGUGAUGUUAUAGUAGCUCAGGCUCCAUGUCAUGUUGGCCUUAUCAGUAAUGAGUGUGCUUGUCGGGGAAGUCUUACGUAAAAUGGGAGAAGCACCACUUUCCUAACAAGCACGACUCAAAGACUACAAGCUGAGAAGAGGCAGCAAGUUACAUCCUUUAAAACUUAUAUCACAAAUACAGAUAAAUCUCAUCUUCUAAACAAGAUCUCUGACGUUUUGGAGUCACUUCAGAUUUUUUUGCAGUUUGUGUAACUGUAUGCCGUCCAGUUUAUAGUCAGCAGGCUAAGACCCUACCAGUAUUCAAAAGUUGAAGUCGGUAUUAAAGCAGUAGCAGAUCUACACCCCAAAAAUAUGUUCUCUAUGCAAUCCAGGGUUUGACACUAACUUUUUUUAAAAGGAGCGCAUGUGCUCCUAAGUUGAAAAAGUAAGGAGCACACAAAGAACUUUAGGGGCACAGUAAAAAUUGAUCAAAUAAUGUGUAUCUUAUUGUUCGACGUAAGUACUAUUAUUUGAAAUCAAUUUUAGGUCAGUUGGUCACAUGACAUUGAAGCUACUGAAGAAAAUGUUAAAAAUUUAUCUUUAAAUUUGACACAAAAACUUAUAGAGGACUAAUUAGGGAAAUAAAGAGGUGUGUCUUAUUGUCCGACCUUAGUACUAUUAUUUGAAAUCAAUUUUAGGUCAAUUGGUCACAUGACAUGGAAGCUAUUGAAGGGAAAAAGCAUUUUUUGAGAACAUCAAACGGUAAUAUAUUGACGGCCCCUUAUUCAACACCCAACAUUUACAGCAAGGGUUCCGAGUAGAUUCAACCGCGCUGCUGUUGCUAUUCCCCAUUAUGGAGAGUGAGAAGACAACGGUAGAUCCGCAGUGAAUGUCUGUCAAAUAUCUAUCCUAAAACUAACUUCGCCGCAGUAGUUACAUGAGAAAAUAUUUGUUGCCUCUGCUGAUUUUUUUUAAUGCGCACAUGUGCCCCAAAUACAUUUUACAAUUCGCGCUCAAAUAUGAGUGAAAUGGUCUCACUGUCGAGCCUUGCAAUCAAUGUAAUCCGCUAGCUCAGUGGCGUGCGUGUGGAUGAUUUUCAAGUCACCAGGCAGUGUCUGCUGUCUGAACGAUAGGUCGCCUAUGAGCCAUACAUGUCUCUGGGUUUAAAUCAACGGUUUAGUUGUAGCCUUGUGGGUGGAACUGGAACAUGCAAAGGUUAAAGGUUGUGUUAAGGCUAUAACAGAAAUGAUUACGUUUGAUCACAGAGUGGCUCAACACCCGUACAUCUGCUUGAGGCAAGUACAAUGUUCAAACCAUCAUGUUUUUGUAGGUAGGCCUGAGUCCUUCACCUCCUCGUGUCUGUGAGGCUCUGUAUGCUAACACAUGCUCACUUCACGGUGUUUCCUGUGUCCUCCUGCCUCAUUGUUAUUCUGUGGUGGUGCCCACGGAAUAACAAUACCCACCCACAGCCUAAACCCUCCAGAGUCUGCACUUGCAGAUAAAGCCUUGCACUGUGAAUCCACAUGUACUUGAAGAGUACAGGACCAGACACUGGUAUCACCUUACUGGCAAAAUAUCAGCCCGGUGGCGCUGUGUUUUUUUUUCUCUUGUUAACUUAACCAUUCACAUCCAGCACCCAGUUCUGAUACCUCUUUACACUGUUAUUUGAUGCAUCAUUAGUGCAUCUCAGGUUACUCUGUUUCUGGUUCAUACAGUCCAGUUGCCUCACAGUUUUGGCAUCACUGGCCCGGGAGGCUGAAGUGUAUAAAAAUAGUCCCGUGCACAAAGGGGAGAACACGAGCAACUGCAGGGCAGCUCUCUUUAUCUCCCUUUCCAGUCUCUUGUGUUCACUCUGUCAUAUUUCCUGCUUUUAAGAAAGGGUCUUUCUGCUGCACCAGGCAACCCACAGAGUCCCCCCCAAGGCCACCUUGCAAGGCUUGAAAUGGAUGCUAUUUUUAGACAUUUAGGUGUUGUUGUGGGCAGAGCUUAGCCCGUCUGUUGGAGGAACAUUUUAGUAGAAAACGCCUGAACACAAAUAGGACUAAACUGUGCUUCUUAAUAUUCAUGUUCAGCGUGAAUCAGGCUUUAGGAUUACAGUCUUGUUUGCUGGUUCUGGAUCGCACUGAAGCUUUGACAAGUGCUUUGUCUUUGUUCUAGAAAUUGUUAGGUUUGAAAUGAGCCGUCCUUGGGCUCUGCAAACAGCCUCGUCUCUUCCUUUUUACUCAGCUUGCCCUCCGGCUCCACUCCAGAAUGAUUUCCAAUUAUCCCCUUUCUAAUUUACUGGUGCUUGUCUGCUUAGCGAGGGCCACAUUUUAGCCACGGAGCCAAGCUAGUGCCCAGAAGGUUGGAGGAAGAAAGCCAAGAGCGUCAUGUGUGCCAGCUCUGAGGCCUGGUGAGACCGAGAGGCAAGGACACACAGACACUUGAAAACACACACACACACACACACACACACAUACACACACACACACACACACACACACACACACACACACACACUCUGGCACCGGCUUCGUCUAGUUAGCACAGGCUGUUGUAUUUACAUCCCCACUUUGGCUGCUCUCUCUCCUGUUUGACACGGGCUUUACUGCACUGACAGGAGGGUCCAUGAUGUGAGUUGAAAAAGCAAGUUGGAGGGUCUGACUCCUGAAAAUUGAUAUUCAAUAGAUACGCCUGGAUUAGGGAAUGGGUUCAACCCGAGAAAUAAUUUCUGUACAUUGAAAACCUGAGAAGAAAGUGGAUUCCCUUUUUUUGCACAUUAAAAGUAGUCCCUUUCAUCCCUGUGGGAGAAUAUGGAAAGUAGUGAAGGUGUGAAGCUGAAGGGCAGGUUUAAGACACUCACACAAGAUCUUAGUCAAGUAGGAAAUUCACAGUCAUACGCAUAUCUUGUGUCCUACAGCGUCAAACACACGGACAGAUCCCCUGUAAUGAUGGCAUACAGGAAGACAGGCCUAUUACAAAAGAGUCCACAUCCUCUGGCAGAAAAAAAGGAGUCCUACUGAGGAGUCAAGAGGAAGAAGGGGGGGGGGGGCAGGGGGGUGUCACGAAAAAUAUGGGAGCUCGGCCUCGCUGCCCUGAGCAGUGCAGGCUUUGACAACGUGACUGUCGGGGUUUGUUUUUGUGCUUCUGAGUCACGCCUCUGAGUCACAUUCGCAGCACCUAUGGGCACAGUUUACUGUCAGGCACACACAUCUGAUGAAUUUGAACACAUACAAGAUUUUUGGAGUAUAGAACAUGGCCUGUAUUUGAACUCAGAGGAGGUCUUAGUCUCACAGAGCUGUGCUACUUUUUAUGAAUUCCCCCUGUAAGUCUUCUAAACAAGUUUCUAUUUUCAAGACUGUCAGAGAAAACAAACUGCGAGGUUAAACUCUCGGUUAAAUUCUCAGUUAAAUUGUUAAUCAGCAUAGUGCAUCAGACUUAUUACACAAUAAAUUAAGACUGUCCUGGUGUCACAUUCCCACCUCAUCAAAUAUCACAAUAACAAUUUUAUCACAAUAUUUAUGGAAAACUUGGAGAAAAACAGUUGAAGGAAGAGCCUGGAGCACCUACUCCUUCAAGUGUUCUCAGUGGUCUCUAAAUUAUGAUUAUUAAGUUUUUCCUAAGAUCGUAAAAAAUCUUCUGCAGAGCUCCAGUAGAUCAUUAGCAAUUCGCCUCUGAGUCGUGGGCGGAGACAGUGCUGCUCUGCACACCCGUCUUCACAUUAGCUUGCAUUCUAACAUUGCCAGUGUAGUAGAAGUAGCGGGUAACAUAGGAGCUAUUCAGCUCUCAGACACUAAUGUCUUUGGGGACACGAGGAAAGCUAUUAUCAUAACUAGCUUUCUUACAAGCAUUGCAAUCCGCUAACGCACACGCUUGUUCGGUGAUCGUCCUCUGUAUUCCUCCUCUAGAGUCUGGCCUGCAUAGCGGGGCUCCGGGGGCGGAGCUUGGAUUGGUUACAUAAGAAAUCUCACUGUUUCUUAACCUGCCGUUUGGGUCUGCCAGAGAUUCUCAGCAAUUCGAAUGAAGAAAUACUCAGAAAAGCAAUUUCGCAUUUAGCUUUCUCAUGAUAUGUCCUGUAGUGUCAGAAAAAUGCCAUAUGAACAUAUAAAAAACAAGAAAAACAUGAUUUUCAUCGGAGUGGGUCUUUAACUCUAUCACUUACCUAUAGUAAUGUUCAAAGUUGUUUUUUAUCAGUGUCCGCGGAAACGUCUCUGAAAAAGAUGUAGCCUCAUAACGUGGCUGUUUGCGAUGCUUUUAUUUUGACACUUUUACUGUCUUGCGUUCAUAUGCCUCAAGUUGCUUGAUUUCGAAAGUAUAAAUGUUCAAUUCAUUUGUGCCCCAAAGAGACGCAAGCUCCCCAUGAGUCACCCCAGUCAAAGAGUCUGGACACACCCCUGCUGAUAAUGACAAAACACCGGUCUACAAUUAUAUUAUCUUAGGCAUGUUUUUAUAACAAGGCAUACACUGUAUGUUUGUAAAAAUUAUGUAUCGUGUGAGUAAGUUAUACAUUACAUAUAUAAUGCCUAUUAUUGGAUGAAUAGAUAUAAAAGGUAUCCACAUAAAGAUGUUGCAAUCACUGGCUGCAGUCAUUAAUACAUAUUUAAUUAUUUGUACAGUGAAAAAUAUUGGUAAUUGGAGCUGCAGAUGGCUUCCAGGAUUUGAGUUUUGAUUCUCAAUCAGGCCACUCAGCCUAAAAAUAACUCCAUCAUGCUUGGGGACCAGGAAACCCAGCCAACAGUUUUUUUUUAAUCCAACGAUACUUUCUGACCAUUCAUAGAGGACGGAAAAGCAUCUUUUAAUCCUCAAAACUUAAUGUCUCCCACAAAUGGAGGACAUGAAAAGAGACGGAUUAUGUUGUGGGCUGUAGAUAAACAUGGAUGCGGUCAGAAAAUUCCCCGAAACAAGCGCCUCACCCUCCGAAAUCCCUCGGCUCAGAGCACAUAUAGCCGCUGUCUCACACCUCUUCCUCUGUGUCACUUCCAAUUUAAAAUCCCGGUCUUGUACACAUAGACACAAAUACACACCUUUUCAUUUCCCUCUGGCACUUUUUCACUCACAUGGCUGGGGAAUAUCAAUCCACAAAGGAGCCACAAAGCUCAGCGCUCAUUGUCAAGGCGGGAAAACAGGAACAUUUAUAUGUAAAAUUAGAUUAUCAACAUCUGUUCAACCCUUAUUCAUCCAGAAAGUGUUUCCCUGCAGCACUCUCUCAUUUCUGAUGAUGACCUGGCUAGUAAAACUACAGUCCUUUGGUUACCAAGCAGCUAAGGGUUAAAUGUGCUCCUCUCAGGGACUUUUUCGAAGCAGCAUUCGAUUUCUCCCCCUCCACUCAAAUGUUGCUGUGUAUUUUGGGAUAAAAGCCAACAAUCUUCUGGUCUGAAGCCCAGUUCUCCAACCUUGAGGCUAUCAACACUCACAUAACAUUCAGUUGCAUGAUUCAAAUGAGAAUUACAUCAACACAUGAGCACGGAUCACUUGAAAAGAGUGCAUGCAGCGUAUUGAACCCUGAGAUGGGGACAUCUGUAACAGCAGGACAUUUAUUAGGACAAAGAUCUUUUUUGGCUUGUGAAGGAGCUGGUGUUGUUAUGGUGUUCUUGCAGUCAAGUGCAUUAUAAUUAAAUUGGCCACUCAGCAAUGCUCAUCAAUGAGAAAAGGGCAUCGACUUCCGCUCUUUACUUUUAGCAGGAGCUUUAGCUCCGACUUUAGCAGUGCUGCAGAAAGGACACCGGUCCUCAAAUAGCCCUGCUAUAAGAGGACCUCCAAUAAGAACCUUCAUUUACAUUCAUUGACUUACACGCUCCUGGAUGCAGUAGUUCGACUCAAAGCCAAUACAUAUGUCUAUGUUUUUUUUGUCAGGAUACUUCACGUGGCACAGUGACUUUGCAUAACAACUCAUAAAAACGUACCUAGUGGUGUUCAAAGGUCACAAAAUCUGCCUACAAGUACCCUCAAAAUAAUCCAAUCAUCACAUUUUGUUCAAAGGAGCCAUAAUUUUUGAAACUUGGAAGUUGCCAAUGCUGUGUUCCCCCAUAUUUUCUGUACCAGAGCACAAACUUGAAGGGAUUAAAAAAAAAAAAUUGAGCCUGAGCAGAAACACCAACAUGACGAUUAAAGUGAGUAGAGUGUGGGAUAAUGGCACAACUUCACCUAUUUCCUAGGUGCAUGUAGAGGGAGGGGAAGUCUAAAAACUACAGCAGUGCUUUUAAUACAGGAGAAACCGACAUCUAUUGAUCUACAUGUUAAAGUGCUGAACUCUACAAGUGCCUGGUGAUCUCAGGAGCUGAUUUCCUGAACCAUGGCAGCUGCACCUGGUUAAAUUUCCAUACAACUCACCCUGUAACUACUGUAAUUUUAAGGCUUUGAGUUAGGUGUAACCAGAGCUCUGGCGACUUGAAGUUGACAAAUGGAAGUGUUGGGCGGUAUGGCAGUAUAUACCAUGUAACAGUUUAAAAGUGUCUACCAGUAGAAAUUUGCGACACUCGCUAACAGGAAAGUUGGAGGCAAUUUUUUUGUAGGAUGGUAGAGGAAGGUCCCGCCCUCCUUCGCCUCUGAUUGGCUAGAAGUGCUGGGCUCCAAUUGGUUAUUCCUAAUGGCUGUGAAACGUCAUCAUCUGCUGGGUUAGGGUUAGGAGAUUCAGAAGUGUGUAGGAUGGAAGGGGAAAGUCCCGCCUCCUUCGCCUCUGAUUGGCUAGAAAAGCUGGAAAUGUCAUCACACACUCAAGCCAAAUGUGGGCUGUCGGCUCUGUACAUCAAACAGAACGUUACAGAACAUUAUCGCACUUCUGAAUCCUAAACUUAACCCUCAUCCUAAUCCUAACCCUAACCCUAAUCCUAUCACAGCCAUUAGGAAUAACCAAUUGGAGUCCCGCACUUCUAGCCAAUCGAAGGCGAAGGAGGGCAGGAUCUUACCCUACCAUCCAACAAAAAAAAAAUAAAAUUUGCGUCUGGGAUGUUGUUUGGACAUUUAUGAGGGCUGAAGCUAAGAUGUUGGCUUCAAACAGUUCACAAAAAAGUGGUGACAUUAUGUCGGCUAUAGCUUGACUAUUUAGCGUAGCUGUACUGUCAUGAGUCGUGGAAAAGGACAAAAUUAAAAAAUUACUAACACACUGUUGGACUUUCAUCUCUAAAUUGAAUGAUUGAAGGAAACCUCUUUCAGAAAAUCCUUAAAACACACAAUAAAAGCUAGGUGCGGUUAAACCGAAUACUAUGUGGCUAUACUGCUUAAGUCUAAAUGCACUGUAACAUCUUUAGGUCAUUCUUGGCAGGUAACAGGAGCUGCAGCUUUUCCUGAGUUCCUGGCAAUUGAUUAAAAGGACUAAAGGGUGGUAAUGUUAAGCUUGUUGGCAGAAGUAGGUGUUGAGUCACCUCCAAUGACCAUAAAGCUCUUUAACUUCUGCUGCUUCAUCCAUUCCCACGAUAUCAUCCUCGUUUUUUUUUUACCUCUUUUCUUUUGUUUUGCCCAUGCACCUGCUUUUCUCACAUGACAAUAUAUCCCUCUGUCUCUUCUCCAUCCUUUCAUCCAUCUGUCCUAUCAUCCAGAUCUUCUCUUCCCACACUCAGUGCCAGGCUUCAACUAUAUUUAGACGAGUAAAACCCUCACAGGAUUCCUUGUCUUAAUCAAAGUAUCGCACCGACCUUCACAAUGCUCCGUCUCCCUGUUGGAAACAAUAACCAACAUGGUUACAAUAUCCGGUUGUCUUUGGGUUUUGGUUUGUCUUCUUUAUGUGUCCUUAGAGGUAGUUUGAAAAAGAUGUAAAGUUGGGAUAUAAAAAGCGAAUUUUAAAAAAAUGUCAAUGUGCCUUUAAUCAUUCAGGUUGGAUUUGUACUUGUCAGAGAAAUAUUACGUGGGAGUAGAGAGCAAGUUGACAUUGAUUUCCUCGGUAUUUCAAGCCUUUCAUCUGGAUGCGUGUAUGUCAUCAACACCGUCACAAACUCGUCUCUGUGGGUGUUGAUAUGUGUCACCUGUUUGGGAUCCGUGCACAUGUGCUGGUAAAAAACGUUCUUGUAAGAUUGCGAUGUGAGCGAGUGACUCCUUUUGCUUUUAUGAAUCAUCCACGCUCCUGUUCCCAGCACUCAUCAUCACAAACAGAAAUGCACGCAGGCACACUGCAGUUUCUUGAAGGCUUGUGGCAGUAUAUUUAAAAAUAUACCUGUCUUGUUAGUGCUCAUUACAAGAAAAUCCAGUCAGGGAAGAGUUGGCCCUGCAGAAUCACUUAAAAAAUGAGAUUUUUAGGCUAUAAAUAAUGAUUGUCACUAUUAGGUUAUUUGUUUAGUCAUUUUAGCCAUGCUGUGAGCGCAGCUUUAUAGAUGAUUCUGACACUCUGUGAUAGUUCAAUCCAUCCAUUUUGUGCAGAAUGAAAUUCUCGAUACGUAUUUGAUAGUCGUGAAAUGAAACAUCAAGAACAUAAGGCCAAAUGAAGAGCUCAACAUGAGGGUAGAGGAUGUUUAUUUUAGUUAGAUACUAUGACAGAUAGCAGUCGGUUUGUUGGGGGAAGUUAACUUUUCUUUUCAAGGAAACCAGUUUGGUGUGUCUGGAGUGCAAAUUUAUGUCAUAUUAUCAGAAUUUUCAUUUGGCGCAAAAAUCAAUCCAGGGUGUUGUCGUCAAAUCGUACCAACUCGCUGGCCCACUGACCCAGCAGUGUAACCACAACAUUGACCUUUUUUAGGUUCAGAUUCAGACAACUUUAUUAAUCCACGAAGGCAAUGCACUUCACAGGAACCCGCCUUGUUAUUAAACAAUGAAGGAACAGACAAUACAAGACAUUCAGAGCAGCAUAUGGCUCAAACAUUCCCCUGUCAGCACCACAAAUCAACAAUAAAUAAAUAACUAGAUAAUCAAUACAUGUGCAAUACGUUCAACAGUGGAAUGACUAAAAUGCAGUAAGAAAUAAUGUGAUAAAAGGAGGAAAAUAAGAACUAAAAGAAAAUUGUUUUCCUGAUGAAUUGCCUUUAAAUUAAUCAAAUACAGCUGGUUCCAAAAACCCAAGGGGCCCCAUGAGCACCAAUGUAAAAUGCCCAUACUGAUGGGUGGGCAUAUUACAGCUGUGAGCCAUGAGGCUAAACACCUACUUCAGCUUCACCUCUUCGUCUGAUUCCAAGUCGACUGAAAGUGAGAUUUAGUGUUGAGUAAAAAGCACUCAACACGGCCCUUUAACAUCCCUCCCACUUUAUUGGUCUAUCAAACAAAUGAUACCAAAUUUACAUAAUACCACAGAGAAAUUCAGAUGCUUACAUUUUGAAUGCUUGCAGGGAUUAAAACUUAUUGACAGCAUCAUUGAUUGAUGGUCAACAAUAUCACCCAUUUCAGAGCCAUGUCAAAUUAUACUUAACAGAGAUGACAGAGAGUACAUGCUGUAUCAACUGGCACAGCAUCUUUGGCUUCAGUUUUUUGCUGAGGCAUAAAAUACUCCAGGCUACCUGGGGAGAUAAACACAGGCUCACUCUGUACAGACUUCUGAAAUUAGUUUCUGGCUGUUGAUGUCAGAGCUGCCAAAGUUGCUUUGUGCAGCCAAAUAAAGGCCUCUAAUGACUCGAUAAUCUUUCAGGGUGACUUCUGUUGGACAUGUCAGAAGGAAAUAUGUCGAACAUUACAGCUAAGUAGCAAAGAAUUGGAUUAGCAUGUCUGCUCGAACAAAUCAAAAUGACUUAGAAAGUGAGGAUCUCUUCACAGUAGCUUUAAGGAACACUGACCAAGUGGUUUUGAUGGGGUGGUAAAAAGGGUUUAAGUGAGUGUGUUUUGAUGUGUCGAUAUCGUCUGUGAUGGCUGGCUUUGAAGUGUCAAAGACUGUUUGAUUGAGUGUGUUUGCAGCUUUUCGUAUCGGCGGCCAUCUCCCCGGCUCUCAGUGCCUGCUCUCUCUGCUUUAACAGAUGAAGCCGUCAUGCUGGUGAAACCCUUAUCUCAAGUCCUCCCCGCCUCGGACAGACGGGCAGACGGAUCGGGUCAUGCAGAUAGCGCGUGCUUGUCCGUGCACGUUCAAACACACAAAAUUUAUUGGCGUCUGUGCUGCGCCCAUCAUCAGGUCUGAGGAUUAACUAGAUUUCCGUCAAGCUGGGGACGUAGCUCACUAACGUCGGCCAACCUUUAUGAUUGAAGGAAACCUGGCAACGCUGUGUCUUCAGUUUUUCACUCCUUCAGUUAACUUAAAUCCCCUGUUCGGUCGCCAUUUCUUUCGUCUCGUGAGUCUAUAAAAUAUUCAUCCUGUCAAAACAUUUUUCCUGCCUUUUUAUGGUUGGGUACAUGUCUGCAGGUCUACUGUCCUCUCUAAAAAGUAGGCCUUCACUGUUUCGGCACAGUCUGAAACAGGGCAGCUCAUGCCUUAUUUACCCUGACUUUGCUGCUGCUGCGACAUCCCCUCACUCGUCUCCUACCAUCCUCCUCCUGUCUCCUCCUUUCUCUUUGUGCUUGAAGUGUCUUGUCUGCUGCAUGGUUUAAUAUGCAGGCUGCAAUCUUCUCUGUAACCCGAUUUUAGCAUAAACCCUGCUGCUAAGCCAGGCGGAGACAUUCACAAGAGAGGGGUCACAGAGGAAUGUUGGAACACUUGGUGUGAUCUGAAAUAGGUUUUUUAUAUUCGAAUAAAGUCGGCUCCAAACACGAUGACUCUCACCUUUCCUGACAGUUGAUUUAUUUGUGUUCCUGCCAGGGGCGCAUUCAUUCAUGUUGAUAAUAGCUUUAUUUUCUUCCCCUAAAACCCAACAUAUUUGUUUAUUAGCACUUCUAUUUUUAACCCAAAGUGCUAAAGUACUGAUUACUCAAUUCCAGUAAUAGCUGCAGCUCUUCAUAAACCCCCCCAACACCCAAAAGAGCCUUAAGCCUGGGUAUGUUCCUCCAUGGCACAAUGUUUAAGUACCCAAACAAUGAGAUAAUAUGGGAUACAUUUUAGGAGCUUUUUCAUGAUAUAUUGAAACAGCUAGGUUGUUUGUUGCUUACUCUAGUUUUUAAAGACAGGGCAUCCCGGGUGCUUUUGAAAAAGAUUUUGUGGUUAAAUGAUGGUUCUCAAACAAAAAGCAGCUUAGGAACAAUGUUAAUAUAGGCCUCAAAAGGCUGCACAAACACUGAUAGCCCAAAGUACGUAUGUUUUUGUAUGUUUAGGUUGAACAAAGCCGUACACAUUCUGUUGUUACCUUUGUUACAAUUUUGUACUUUGUCGCUCUUUUGUCACCAAAUCAAAGAGAUGAUGAACAACACAAAUUCAGAGCACAUUCAGACAGUCUCUUAAUAAAGUCUAGUACAUGAAAUGCCUUCAGAGGCCACCUAACCUUUCCUGACUUGCAUUGGUAAACCCCCUGUCCCAUUACCAUGCAUUAUUCAUGGGUCUAUCUCUUAACUCCUGUAAAUGCAAAAGCUUUCUUGAAAUGGAAAAAUCUACUCUGGUGUUUGUCACAGUGACAUUUUAACUAUGAAAGAACAUGUUGUAUAAUGUUACUGAGUUUGAAUUUGGACAUGAUAUAUCCAAUCCUAAUUAUUUGUUUGUGUUUUUUAUGCUUUUGUUCAUAUAAAACCGGCCGUAUCUGAGACGUUUCUGUGACUAACAGUUUGUUGUUUUUGUCUUGCAGAAAGAAUGGCUUUGCCUCAACUGUCAGACCCAAAGAGCCAUGUCGGGACAGCUUGGAGACAUGCCACCUCCAGCUGCAGUGUCCCCAAAGAAGCAAGCACUUGCUCCUGCUCCCUCCUCCACCCCUGCCCCUGCUGCUGUAGAUAGUAAACCUCCUGUAGAAGCAGCUGACCCAACCCCACCUGCUCCCGACACCAAGGUAGAGCCUGCAACCAUCCCUACGCCUGACAGUGCACUCAUUUCACCUGAUCAUGAUGCUUCUCCUCUCUCUGAUAGUGCCCCUCCUCCUGAAACACCCCCUCAGGAAACACCACAGUCAGAGGAACAAACACAGCCACUCGUAGCUGAAGCAGAGUCAGAGCCUGUAACUCAUCCUGAACAACAGGCUCCAAUUUCAGAGAGUGUAGCUGAGGGUGUCCCUGCAGUCGAGCAGCAGGAGGACAGCUCUGAAAAAAUAGGAGAGGAUGGUCCUCACCCUGAGACAGAGCAAUUUGAUGCUAAUCAACAAACACAAAGUGCAACUGCCAGUGAAAUCCCAGCCGCUGAGCAACAACAGAGUGACGCUGAGAAAGCGGCUGAGGACCGUCCUCUCCCUGAGACAGAGCCAUCGAAUGCACAGAGCUCACCUGUCACUCAAAUCCCAGCAGAUCAGGAGCAACAGAGCAGCUCUGAGAAUGUAACACAGGACCUUCCUCUUACUGAGGAGACUGAGGAGCAAAAUGUAUCGACUAAUACAGGUUUAGACAAGAAAACAGCCCCUGCUGAGGUAGAAUUAGAGCCAAAUCCACAGAUUUCCCAGAGUGAGGCUGCAGCCUCCCAAACAGAUAAUGAGAAACUGGAGCUCACUCCGGAUAAACCUCCAGAAGUGACAACAAAUUCAUCUGAGCCUGAGCCUACCAAGAGCUCAGACUCAUUACCACAAGAGGACCCUGUUGAACUAAAUCAGAAGACAGAUGUGAAUGUUAAAGAGGAAAAAAUAACAGAGGUAGAGCCAGGUAAUCAAAGUCAGCAACCCCAGAUAGAUGAACCCCAGGCUCUUCCAGCAGAUCAGACUCCAUCACAUACAGAGGACAAGGCUCUGAAUGAGGAGCAGACGGAUAAUGAUGCAAAGCCUGAGGCAAGCAGUGUAGAACAUGAUGUGAAGGAUGUAGCUACAGGGGAAGUAAAGGUAGAACCAGAACCAUUAACAGAGAAGCAAGCAGAAGAAGGCACUCCAAAAGAAGUUACAGAAACUGUAGCUCCUGUAGCGCCUGUUGACAACACAGAGGUUCCUGAACCUGAUGACAAAAAUCAAGACUUCAAACCAGAGCAGGUCAAAGGUGUCGAAUCUGAGAGCGAGGUCAGAAAAGUAGAAGAGAAAGAAGAAGGGCUUAGUCCCUCAGACGGGAAGAGUGAGGCAAAUAUAGUUGAAGAAAAAAUGAAGGAGACUGUCCCUUUUGAGGAGAAAAGUGAGGCAAAUAAGGCUGAGGAUAGAGAUGAGGUGCUUCAUCCUUCAGAGGAGGAAGGUCAGGUUAAAAAAGGUGAAGAAACAGGGGAGGAGCCUAGUCCUCUGGAAGAGAAAAUCCAGGCAGAUAGAGCUGAGGCAAAAGAACAAGAGUCAACUCCCCCGGGGGAGAAAGGUGAGGAGAAUAAAGUUGAAGGAAAAGAGGAGGGGUCUAGCCCUCAAGAGGAGAAAAUUCAGGUUGAUAAAGUUCAGGAAAAGGAGGAGGUGUCUCCUCCUUUAGAAGAGAAAAGUCAGACAAAAGUUGAAGAAAAAGAGCUGGGGUCUGCUCCUCCUGACCAAGCAGAUAAGUCCCCUCCUGGUGUUCUAGUUGAAGAGGAGAAUGCUGAUAACCAUAAAGUUAAUGAAGAAGUUGUUCUUAAAGAGGAAAUGGUUAAGCAGGAGGUACCUGAAAAGGUUGAUGAAGAAAAAUCAGAUGAGAUGAAAAUAAGAACAGACACUUCUGAGAAGGAGAAAGCUCUUGAAGUCGAGCCAGUUGAGAAAAGGGAAGAAAGUGAGAAUAUUUCAUCUGAUGGCAAAGCCUUUGAAAAGGAUGUAGUUCAGGGAAAUGCAGAUGCAGAGAAGUCCACUGAGGUCAAAGCUGAAAAAGAGGGAGCUUUUGAAGAACAGGGGGGUGAACAGAAAACAGUUGAGAAGGCAAAUGACCAGAAACCUCAAGAGGAGGAGGUUAAUCAAGCAGAAUCAAGCGCAGCCCCGUCUGCUACUGAGACAGAGACCGUUUGUCCUGUAAUAGAGGAAAAAGAAUCAGGAGCAGCCACAGCUACAGUAGAGAUACAGAUAUUAAAAGACACAGAAACACCAGCUCAGGACAGUCUUGUUAAGGUAGCAUCAUUGUCUGAAAAGUCAGAGGAGACAGAAAAGCCGAUUGAAGCAGAGAGUGUGGCCCCAGAAGAGGAAAAGCAGACACCGGUAGAUAUGAAGUUAAAGGCAGAUGAUGAUAAGUCUGAGGAAACAGCUACUCCUGAUUUACAAAAAAAAGAAAAGGUCAGUGCCAAGGAGUCAAUGAUGCCGUCCUCUGAGAUCAUUAGCGAGACUCAAGUGGGAGAUAAAGCCUGUGAGGGAAAAAUCAUUAAAGAAGAGGAGGAAGUUGACUCACAAAAGAUUAAAAGUACAGCUGAGAUAGAGGGAGAGACAUCAGAAAACAAAGAGGUCCCAUCUGUUGCUGACAAAAACCAAGAGUCUGUGUCAGGAUCAGAGAUGACUGCAGCCUGCAACAAAGAUGAUACAGCACAAAUUGAAGCAGAAAAGAAAGCAGAAUCAGGUACAGAUCAGGUGUCAGAAACAGCUUCUGAAAACAAAGGUGUGUCUGUAUCAGUAGCUCCUGCUCCUGUAGAAACCCCCCAAAUUCCAGUUUCUGUAGAAAGUGGCCAAAAGGAGGAGACUCUCAACGUGGAGGAGAAAGCUCAGCCUUUGGAAAAGCCCAUUGAUGAUGAUGAUGCACUUGCUGAGCUGACCGUGGUACAUGGCACAAGUAGCGUUGAACUGUAUGAUUUAGGCUGUAUAUCACCUGCUCUGUUCCUUCUGUAUUUAAAAAAGCACUUCUACUCACCUGAAGUCAGGUAUAGAGAGAGGGUGGGGGAAGACCUGCAGCAAAGGGUCAUGGCCGGUAGUCGAAUUAGCAAUCCUUGCCAAGAGGUCCAUAGCCUCUGAACAUGGAAUACACUUAAAAUAUGAGGCCAACCGGGUCACCAAUUUAUCAUCCUUCAUUUUGGCUGUCAGUGAUUGGUACUUGACGCUGAAACUGUCUCUAAGAUUAUUUGUUGGAGUUCCAGAGUUGAUAUUUAUUAAAGUCCCUUGAUUUCUAAGGAAUUUAUACAGACUCACAAACUUAAAACACAAACUUAUUUCCAGAUCUGAGAGGCUUACUGCAUGUUUUUCAUUCAACAGGUGAAAGUGGUGGACACCUUGAAAGACACUGAAAAAGCUGCCAAGGAUGGCAGUCCCACCAGCCCAUCAGACCUGGCAAAGCUGGAGAGCACAGUUCUUCCAAUCCUAGAAGCCCAAGCAAGCACACAACCAAAGGGAGACGAGGAGAAACUAACAGACACUCUUAAGACCAGACGCAAAUUAGAGGUGCUUCCUCUCUCGCCGGACUCACCCAGCUCAGAAGAUGACAGAGAACCCUCUGAAAAGGAUACCAAAACUACCACAAAGAAAAAGCUUCUUGUUCCCAUGGACGUCAGAGGGGAUUCAUUGGAUGAAAGCAGUGAAAGUAUUGGGAAAGAGAGCCCAAUGUCAGGGGAUGAUGAGGACUUCAUUCGAAAACAAAUCAUGGAAAUGAGUGAAAAUGAGGAUGCUUCACCAUCUGAUGAGGAAAAUAUGAUUCGGCGAAAGAUUAGGGAAGAUGAGAAAAAACAUAUGGCACCGAAAAAGCCAGAGGUGAUUGAAAGGAGCACAUCAGGAAAAGCCAGACGCCUCACCAAGAAGAGCACUAUUAGUCCAGAUGAUGAAGAACACAAGGAAAUCUGUGACUCAUUGGAUCAAUCUGACGUGGGAAAAGAAGAAGGACAAGAUACAAAAGCAGAGGAGCAACAGACUACAGCUGAAACUCGCAAAUUUCAAGCUAUGGAGCUGAAUGCUGUAAGCAGCCCCAUUCAAAUACCUAAUGUUGAUGGGGAUCCAGGAAUGGAAAGCCUUACAGACUCUCCUGAUGAUCGGUCUCGAGGUGAAGGGUCAUCCAGUCUACAUGCAUCAAGCUUCACUCCAGGGACAUCCCCAACGUCCCUCUCAUCACUUGAUGAAGACAGUGACAGUAGUCCCAGUCAUAUCCGUUCUGGUGAGGGAAAACAACACAGGAAAGCCAGACACAGACAACCUGGUCAAACGUUGCCAACUAUUGAGGAUUCCUCUGAGGAAGAUGAGUUAAGGGAAGAGGAGGAACUCCUAAGGGAGCAAGAAAAACAGAAGGGAACUGGAAAAAAAUCAAAGAAAGAUAAAGAUGAGAUUCGAGCCCAGAGAAGACGAGAGCACUCAAAGACACCACCCAGCAACCUGUCCCCCAUUGAGGAUGCUUCACCAACAGAGGAGCUGAGGCAGGAAGCAGAAAUGGAAGAGAUCAGACGAUCAUCCUGCUCUGAUUUCUCUCCAAGUAUUGAAUCAGACCCUGAAGGGUUUGAAAUUUAUGCUGCAAAGAUAGCAGCAGUUCAGAAAACCUAUCAAUUGCCUACAUCAGUGUCUCUCCACUCCCCAACAGAUGAUCAAAACACGGAUAAGCCACAGAAAAAGCCUCUCAAAUCUGCUGAUGAGGCUUAUGAAGAAAUCCUGCUCAGGGCUACUUCUCCAACAGUUGAAAAAGGGGAGAUUCAACCUGAAAAAGAGUCCCUUUAUGGGGGUAUGCUCAUAGAAGACUAUGCCUAUACAUCUCUUAUUGACAAUUCAAGAAGUGAUGGGGGAGAACCUGAGAAGAUGGUUGUUCCUGCUCAGCCAAAAAAGCUGAGGUCACCAGAUGAAGUUUAUGAAGACAUGAUUAAGAAAAGGAAAGAAUUCAUGAAGCUUGAGCAGGAAUAUCAAAAUUUGCAGCCCAAGAAGGAAACCACCAACCCGGAAAUAGUGCUGCAACCUGCCGAGAAAACCUUCACAGAGAGCAGCACAGUUACACUAGGCAAAGAUGGAAAGCCAUUGCUGGAUGCUGAGGCUGCAUAUGAAGAGCUAAUGAAAAGGGUGCUUACUCCUGGAACAAGUCCAACUCAAACAGAGCCAGAGAUAGAUGCAGCUGCAUCUAGACGGGCACUCCACCCCAUCCCAGAUUUAAAAGUGACGCAGUGCUCUUCAGGAGAGUUGUCCUCUGAUGAUGAGAGUGUUGUGAAAAAAGAAGAGACAUCAGACAUUGCAGUGGCUUCAGAAACUGAGCAAGUGGUGGUGAUAUCUGAGACCCCUCCGUCAGUCAUACCGGAUCAACCACCCAAGAUCCUAACUGGGGUAUCUCAGGCUGAUGUUGUCGACUUAUCUGGUGAACCUCCAAAGACAUCAGCCCAUGUGAUUGCCAGUGUAUCACCCUUACCCACAGUCCCCCAAUAUACACCCAGUAUUCCGAGCGUAGUGUCAACUGCUCCACCUGUGCCCCCCAAGCCAAAUGUACUGCGUAGGGCUAAUUCUCAGGAAAAAUCAGAGGUAUCUAAUGCACCACCACUGCCCCCUCCCACCCCACCAAAGCCCACUGUUUUUCCCAGGAAAGCCCCAGUUCCACUUCCACCUCAGGCUUCCACAACUCCAGUCAGGCCAGAAGCUGUUGCAGUGACCACAGCCCAAGGGCCACCAACAAGACAAGUGGUCACACCAAUGUACAAACCUCAUGUCCCCCCUCCUGUUCCCCCAAAGCCUGCCAUUCCUGCUGGAGUUGGGGACAGCCACAAAACAGGACAUGGUGUCAAACCACCAAUUGCUCCAAAGCCCGGCUCACAACCUGCUUCGCCCGCCCAUGCUCCACAUGUAACAAGACCCACCGCACUCCCCACCGGCUCUUCUGAAAUAGCUUUGAAUUUGAGCCCCACUUCUGAGAUCAAACCAUUUCAACCCUCACCAAAGUCUCCUUCUUCUCCAAGAUAUGCCAGCAAUCUUCGUGACACAUAUGUGGUCAUCACACUGCCAUCACAGCCAAGCUCUCCAGUGGAGACAAUCUCAUCUCAAGCUCCCUCAAGCCCUGGCCCAGCAUCUCCUGCACACCAUGCUCAACCCCAAAGCUAUCACCAACCCCAGCCUCAACCUCAGCCAUACCCACAGCAGCAUCCACAACCUGCCCCUCCUCAAACAACCAGGGUGCCUCUGGCAUACACACGUGUCACAGAAUCAAUUGAGAGCCAAGAGAUUUGUGGUCCAGAAAAACAUGUGUCCAGCUCUUGUCACAUAAUUGAAGCGAUAUCUGCCUCAGCACAACCUACUGGGGUUAUGCCUAACCUCAUAUCUCAGGUGGUCACCACAGAAGUUCAAAGGACCACUGUCUCAGUUGUUCAUGAAAGAACACCACCACCAGUGCCAGCUCCGAGGGCAAAUGGUGUUCCCAUCUCAAUGGAGAAACCCAAACCCCAGACACCAGUACAGGCUGUCCAACCAUCUGAAGUGGUGGAUUUAAGGACAAUGAAGGUGGACCCAGAGUCAAAUAUGAAAGGAGUUGACCUGUCUGCUGGCCCAGACUCAAGACGUCAGUCCUUGGCUGGAGAUGUCAGUCGUCAAAAUAGUGCAGUGCAAUCACCUGUGGUCAACCUCAGUGCAGAGUCAUCCACUGUUUCUAUAGUGACUGAUAGCAUCACCAUUGUGACCUGUUCUGCCACAAUCCAGCAAAAAGACAAUGUAGACACCUCUCAGGUAUCUUCAGUGCCCCUGCAGCUCACAAAAAACAAAGCAUUUGAGCCCGUUUCUCAAAUCAUUUAUCGACCAGUUGAUUCUCAGCCCUCAACUAAUGCUGCUCCAGAAAUUCCUAUUAACCUCUCAGUUGGAUCAAGCACAGGUGGAGGAAACUUCCAGUCAACUCCUGUAACUAUUGCCCCAACUUCUAUCCCAAGCUGCAUCGCCAAUGGAUUAAAUGCAGGUACAGCCACAGUGGCAGGAGCUGUUGACCUUAGCACAACAAAACCAUUCAACACUGUGGUGUCAGUAGAUGCUGUUUCUUCAGAAGUGGCCACAGCUGUGAUAACAGAUGAUGAUGGUAAACCAGUGGAUCUGACAGCAGGAAAAAGAGCUGUAUGCUGCGAUGUUGUAUAUAAGCUGCCCUUUGCAGGAAGCUGCACCACUCAACAACCAACCACACCCCUGCCUGAAGACCGUUUUGGAUAUCGGGAUGAUCACUACCAGUAUGACAGAUCACCUUACGGCAUGAGAGGGUUUGGUGGGAUUAAACCAUCAAUGUCUGACACUAACCUAGCAGAAGCCGGUCUGUUCUUUUACAAGAGUAAGAACAGCUAUAAUUACAGUGGCACCACAGAGGGUGCAGUAGAUCUUACCUCUGCAAAGAUUUCUGAUGCAGGUCAGUGGAAUGACAUCGCAGACCUGUCACUUAAAUGUCACUUUGAACUGCUUCCACUCAUUCACGGCUAACUUGGUGUUUGGCUUUUGUUUUGCUUUUUUAAUUUUGCAUGGACAAUUCAUUUUUUUCAUCACAAUAUUUUUUUGCAUGUGCCUGCAUGCUGUUACUGUACAACUCGUGUAUGCAUGUUGCACUUCUCAACGUUGAAGAUUUUUUUUUCCUUUUCAUCUUUUUUUCAUUAUUUGGAUAAGGCAUGGCUUGCUUUAACCAUACUCAGUCUAAAUUAUAUGGACUCAACUCAUAUUUUUGACUUUUGACAGGUGAAGCUGUUGACUACUCCAAGAAAGGAAAUUACGCUGGAAUGACAAUCCCACCUUAUUCCCAAGCCAGAGCCACGAGUACUGGUGGGACACUUUUUGGUACAAGCAGUGUCUUGAGAUCAUCAAAUGGGGUGGUCUAUUCCUCUGUAACUGCACCAGUACCUUCUACAUAUGCUAUUACCACCCAACCUGGAUCAAUCUUUAGUACAUCAUACAACACACUGUCAGGUAUGCAUACCAGCGACACCAUGCCAUCUUUGUCAAAUCUCCAGAGUUUGCCACUCACACGGUCCCACAGUUUCUUGUCCACCAUCUCCACUACUGAAGUAGAGGAGAUUGGAGAUGCUCCACUCAAUCUGGAAAUAUCCAAAGGGGGUACUACUACUGCUCAUGCUGUCAACACAGCAGCAACAUCUUUAUCACUUGACACCUAUACCGAUGCAUCCCUAGAGGCUAUUGCUGCUUCAUUGGAGGCUCUGUCCUCUCCCAUGGUUCCUGGGGAUGGUCAGUAUAUGGCAGAGCGUGAGCGACUAGAGAUGGAGAAACUUAAACAGCAGCGCUUAGCUGAGGAAUUAGAAUGGGAGCGUCAGGAAAUACAACGGUUCCGCGAGCAUGAACAGCUCCUUGUACAGAAGGAACUGGAGGAACUACAGGCAAUGAAACAGCAAAUCCUGAGCCAGCAGGAAGAAGAAAGACAAGCUCAUCUAUUGAUGCAGAAAGAAACCUAUGCCCAACAACAGCAGCAGCUUGAGCAGAUUCAGAGACUCCAGGAACAGCUGCGUUUGCAGCUUGAGGAGCAAAAGUUUCGCCAGAUGUACCCAGGUGGUGACAUUCCAGGGCAUGGUGUACAGGAGGCAAUUGUCUUGGGACCUGAUGGCACAGUGCUGGCUAGAAAGAUCACUGAUAGUGGGUGCCAGACUGAUGAAGAGGAUGAAGCAGUCAGCAAAGCAUACACAGCCGGGAGAAAAAAGCGUAGUGCUAAAAAGAGCGUUGACAGUUGUGUGCAGACUGAUGACGAGGAUCAAGAUGAAUGGGAAGCUCAGUCCAGAAGCCGACAAAGCCGACCACGUACUGCCAGGGGUGACAGGGGUGGGCAGUCAGAGAUGUCUCUUCAAGCCCACACUGAGAUUUCCAUACAAACAGAUUCAGAGGGGAACAUAAUAAUGGACUCAAGAAUGGAGCUGUCUGACUCUGAAAGGACUUCACCAAAGAAACGACCAAACCCUCUAGAAAUAAGCCAGUCUCCCAACCUCAAAGUUGAUUCCUCCACGCUUCAAGCCCCUCCAAAGUCUCCCAAAGUGCUUUAUUCCCCCAUAUCCCCAUGUAUAUCCCCAAGCAAAUCCAUGGAGUUUGUGUCCUAUGACAAAUCACUGGGGGAUACAAGCCCACAAAAGCUAAGAGGGAGCACAGAACCCGUAUCUCCUGCAAGUCCCAGGGGACCAAAAGCAAUGCAAAGAUCUAUGUCUGACCCCAAGCCCAUGAGUCCAACUGGUGAAGAAAGAGGCACCCAGUAUGGUGACACUGUAAGUAUCUCCUAUUACUCCAAUUUAGAUAAAUAUUUAGUUUUUCCCAAUAAAUGACCUGUAAUUGAAGGGAAAUUAUCAAAAACAAUGGAAGAGGUUUCACAAUUUCUGAAGACUAAGCAACCAGUUUAGCUAAAUAAUCUAAGGUUCAUGAAAACUUUUAACAAUUUUAAAUUUUUGUUUGCCACAGGGGAAAGGAUCAGGUAGCACACCAACAGGAACACAAAAGAAGGUGAAGAGGACUCUACCAAAUCCUCCAUCAGAGGAAGAGUCAACAACCACAAGCCAAGCAGCAUACCCCACUGGAUCUGCCCGCCGAAGAAUGUGCCGCAAUUCCAACAUGGCACGUGCCAAGAUCCUACAAGACAUCGAUCGUGAGUUAGAUCUGGUGGAGCGCGAGUCCUCCAAGCUACGCAAAAGGCAAGCAGAACUAGAUGAGGAGGAGAAGGAGAUUGACGCCAAGCUUAGAUACUUGGAGAUGGGUAUAAAUCGUAGAAAAGAUGCCCUACUGAAGGAGCGAGAGAAGAGGGAAAGAGCCUACUUACAGAGUGUUGCUGAGGACAGAGACUACAUGUCAGACAGUGAGGUUAGUAACAUCAGAGAGACAAGAGGUGGGCUUGGGGAUGGUGAGGAUGAGGAUCUUGAAGGUCAUGGACUUGAGCGUCCAAGGACAGCUCCUCAAUCUGAACUGGAUGACUUUGUCCCACCUCAAACCAAGCAUGAAUAUGGAAAAUACUCCCAAUACCAAUACCCUCAAAGCCAAUACCAGCAGUCUCUCUACCAGACUCCCCAGUCCUACCAAUCCCAUUCCCUCUACUCCUCUGUCCCCUCACUCACAAGUUCCCAGCAACAGAGUUACCACCAGAUGCUCCUAUUGCAGCAGAAGGCUGCCAGACAAGCAGCCCUCCUCUCAGAGUUGGAUGCAACUAAAUAUGAUGUCAUUAGCCGCCAGCCUGAUCCCACAUCAUCAGCUUAUCUGGGGGUCAAGUAUGACAAAUAUGGCAAUCAUCUCGAUCUCAGAGCUUUGGAAGUUGGGAGUAUGGCACGUAGUCCCAUGUCAGCUGUUUCUGAUCCUUACUAUGCGGAUGUCGAUCACCAUACACCUCGGAGUUAUAUGUUGCUGGAAGAUGCUGCAGAUCUGGCCAAAGGCUCCACAGGCUUGUCUUCAUCUUAUAGUCUGGCUGAGAGGGAGCUAGCCAAGGCAGAGAAGCUGCUACGCCGGAGUGCGGCAGAUCUUGGGUCUACUGAUUAUCUGGGAUCAACCUCGAGACUCCACACUUUUGGAAAAACCCCCGAUGAAGAGGAUACAAUGGAAGAGCCCUAUGAAUUGAAACUCUUGAAGCAGCAGCUAAAGCAGGAGUUUAGGAGAAGCACAGGUGGGACUGAACAGUUAGAACAACUUACAGGUCUCUCCCAGCACUACUAUACCCCUAGCUCUGGCAUCUCGAGUUAUUCCCAAAGACACUACCCAAAGUCAGACAAGUACAGCAUCAGUCGACUGACUCUAGAGAAGCAGGCAGCUAAACAGCUCCCAGCUUCAAUGUUAUACCAAAAACACAAGGCCCCAUUGGUAGAUCCCAAGAUCUCCUCAAAGUAUUCCUCUAUUACAGACAGCAGAGGUUUGGAUACAGACUAUACAAGCUAUCUUGGAUCUACAAGUGCAUCCCCAAGAUCUAGCCGUCUCAUGCAGGAUGAAAUUACCUUUGGCCUCCGGAAGAAUAUUGCAGAGCAGCAAAAAUAUCUGGGGUCCACCUUGGGUGCCAAUUUAGCUGGGUCAUUAAACUUGGGCCAGAGUUUGGGGUUGGACUCUGCCUACCCUAGUGGUAGUCGCUCAAGACCUUCAUCUAGGCCCACAUCUUGCUAUGGUCUAGACUUGUCCCUCAAGAGAGACCCUUCUAGCUCUUCACUUAGGCUUAAAGGGGAUGGUGAAGCAUCUGGAGACGGAACAAGCUAUCAAACCCCCUCUGGACGCACUAAACCAACAAGCCUUCCCAUUGUCCAAAGUGGGCGUGGCAGAAUACCAAUAGUGGCCCAGAACUCGGAAGAGGAGAGUCCAUUGAGCCCUGUUGGGCAACCUAUGGGCAUGGCACGUGCAUCAGCCGGUCCUUUGCCACCAAUCUCAGCUGACUCAAGGGACCAGUUUGGUUCCUGCCUGUCCUUGCAGGAUUCCCAGCAACAGCAACAUAUCAGGGAAGAGCCAACCAGGGGUAGGGGUUAUGUGCUGCUGGAUGACCUUCAGGGCACCAUGUCAGAUAGUGAAGGUAAAAAACAGGCUUGGCACAUUUGCUCUCUUUUUUUACUUAAUUGUCUAUCACUGAGUGUGUCUAUUCAUGGAUUUACUUGCUCUGAUUUAUUCUUACUGUCCAUUGUACUUGGCUACUUUGUGUUUGUUGAAUGUCUGCAUGUUUCUGUCGGCUCUUCGUGUUUUUAUUUUAACUUCAACUUUCGUGAAUGUAUUUUUUGUUUCUCAAGUACGUUUGCUCAAGUAGUUGAGCUCUGAAGUGCAUGCAUACCGUCACUUAUUUUGUUCUUUGCUAACAGUAUGGACUUAAAUGUAUCUUUAUGCAUGAUUUCCAUUUCAGUCUGCACUCUGGAUAUUAUGUAACAUUUAACUAUAGUUUCCUGCAUGAAACUGUGCUAACACUCUGUUCCAGCUAAUGUGUAGGAGGCUUCCCCUCACAAAUAGAAACUAACUUAUGGCAGUCUCAUUUUUAUUUAAAGCAUGUGUUAACAUUAGGAAUUUCUACCAUUGUGGAUUUUUUUAAUCUACAAGAUCAUGAGUGUUAUACAAGCUAUUGGCGUGUUUGGCAGAAUAAUCCUUUUGAACCUAUGUCAGAUGUAGACCACUUUUCCCCCUUAAAUGAUACACUUUAAAAGUGCCUCAUCCACUUGCAAAUUCACAUACAGCACUAAUGUUAUGUUUAGUAUUGAUAUAUUUUUAAAGCCAGGGAUGUGUAAUGUGGAUAGUGAUUAAUAAUGAUUAUUUUGUUAUGUAUUUCAGUUCACGAGAAUAUUUUCAGUUUCACUUAUUGCCGAACCAAACUACAUUAGAUUGACGAGAUAUAGGAAGUUUAACACAUGAUGCUCUCAGGAUGUGGGGAACCUUGAUUGUACUACUUUGAAAUGCAUGAUAUUGGUCAAGACAGUCAUCUGUGUUAAAUAAAUCUAAAACUUCAACUUGCAUGUCUUGUCAUGAGUAAUUGCUUGUUUAUGUUGUGAUGUGUCUGCGUGACUUUCUGUUGCAUGGAAAACUUUUACUCAUUAACCUGUCUUCACAGUGUCUUUUUACUACAUUUCCUAAAGCUAUUACUUCUUUGCUUUAACUUAAAUGAACACACUCUAUCAAAUAGACAAACAAUUUUAAGUUUCCGUGAAGGAAAUAGUCUGCUGAAUAAAAAUAAUAAUGCAGGAAUGUGAUUACUUAGAACAGCGAAUUUUAGGGUUUCACUUUUUAUAUUCUACACUAUAUUGUUAGGGGUGUCUUGCUUGUAGGCUGCAAUCAAUGAAAGGAAAAAGCUUUGGUUUUAUGAUCUAGAGAGUGUCUUUUCUUUGAUCAACAUGAUUUUUUAGCAAGGACUCAGAUGAUUUUUGGACUUGUUUUGACAGGUAAAAGUUAGGCAUCAGCCAUUCAGUUUACAGGCAAUAUAUAUUGAAAGCCUACUGCAAUAUAAUAUUGCAUCAAUGUAUGUGCUUUAAUGGAAUACUUUCUUAAAGCCAUACGUACACUUUACAGAGGAUAAAGGACUGUUUCGUGGGAUGGGAUUAUAGUGACAAUUAUACGAAGUUCAUAUUCCAGUGAGGGUGUAAUUGUUUAUCUUCUUGCUUUGAACUUGUAAAAUCCAUGCAUAACUUCUUUUCACAAUGAUGUGUCUAGAACCUAUCACUUUGCAAAGUAAAUCCAUGUGCCUUGAUUCCAGCUUUAAGUGAUUCCCUGAUGGCUUUGAACAGAGACGAUGCAACCAAUGGUAGAGUAUUAGUUAAGUUCUCUAGUUAUCCAUAAGCUAACACAUUAACCUGCACCACAAGUGAAAUUUACAUCACCAUAACAUGAAGGCAAAAUGUUGGGGUAAAUUAUUAUCUGCAUCAAAAGGAAGAAAACAUUUUUAAAGGAAGAAAAAAACUGUUACUUUAAAUCUGAAAAGUCUGUAAGGACACAUUCAUUUAGAAACUACAUUUUCUCACAAUUUUGAUACGAGACUAUGACAAAAACACAUACCCAACAUUUAUAUUCAUAUAAAUUUUGGCUCUAUUAGUUUACCUCCCGCUUCCCUGCAUAGUGUACUAAUAUUUCUUAUUAACCCACAAGCUAUAAUUUCUGCUGAUUUUAUAGUACCUUUGAAAACAUGCUGCUUGGCAUCCUCUCUGAUUUCAUAACAAAGUGUAGCAUUUAAUUCUUCCCCUGGGGCUUGGGUUUCUCAUAUUUCAGUUAUGACUUUUUAUUGAUAGAAUUUUUGUUUUUAGCAGCAUGCACUAUACAAACCAAAAGAAAUUGUUGUAAGAGAAAGGGUCAGCCUCUUGUACUUGUUCUGAAGUCGUACCUGUCUUUAUCCUUGAAGCCUACCACCUUCGACGAGAGGAGACAGAUUGGUUUGACAAACCUAGAGAUGGGCGCUCUGAGAACGGACAUGAGAAGAGACAGGUGAAGCAUGAAAAAAAGUCCACACAUAUACACUUUAGUGUAAAUGCAGACACUAUAGGAAGUAAAUGCAUGCACUCACUUUCAAUCACCUGGACAUUAUGUGGUAUGUAUGCUCACAUGUUAACGCAAUACACUUAAAUCUUUCAUAUAUGUCCUUGUUGCAAAGAGUCCAUGCUUAACCUUUUCCCAUUUACCUUGAGCAUACAUGACAUCUCACCAUUGUGUAUGGGCCACAGGGAAAAGGCCCAUAUUACCCCUUCCCUCACCUCAGGGUCAAACUGCAGCGAGAUCUCAAAGACCGCAGUGUCUCAGGUAAGUUCCACAGUUUAAUGCAGUUUUCCAUUCAACAUCAGCAGCAUGCCGUGGGGGAGGAAAUGAUAUGCUUAGAAAGAGGCAUGUAUUAAAGCUAAUGUGUUAUUGACUCGGAUGCAUGCAUUAUAUUUAUUGACCCUUUUGCUUACUGACUGCAUCUAAUAUACACUUACAGCUUAGAUACCGCUUUCCUUUGAAUAUUAAAGUAGAUUCUAAUUCACUUAAGAAGGAUGAAGUAAGUAAAAUAUACACAUUUAUACCAUUCAGAACGUCUUUUAGGUUUACAGAGCAUGACCUCUCUGCUUCAUGCAUGUUGUUUACUUUACAUUCACGCCAGAUCUCACGAAACUUACAAGUCACUUCCCUGCCUCAACGUUCCAUCACACCGUCCUCCAGGCUCAAAGCAGGCAGACAUUUCAUUUCCUGGCUCCCCUUUUGAUUUGGCUCUUCUCCACGCUCAUCAGUCAUUGCCAUGCUCAAAAUGGCGUAUCCCUCACACUCCGGAUUAUCUUAUGUAAUUAACAAACAGCCCACAAAGGAAGCCUUUUGUUUACAAGGACCCAGUGCUGAACUAAAUCAUUCUUCUCUGGUCAUCUUGUCCCCUCAUUGGUAAACACUGUCAUGCGUUUAGUACUCUGAAAUUGGGGUUUCUGGGUCCAUGUAGGUCACACACUCUUAUCUGCGUGACCCAUGGAGAUCAAUGUGUGAAAAGUAGAUGGUCAGCAUGGAUGAUGCUGUCUGAAAUGUAAUAAGAAGGCAGAGAGCAGUAGCAUUUCCCCACUCAAACCUCCUCAGUGGGACAUUAUGUCUACAUGUUGCACAGAAAUAAUUUGAUUUUAGAUGACUGUGAUGCCAUAAAAGAUCAAAUUACAAGUGGUCACAAGGUAUUCGAAUAAUCGUCAGUUUUUGUCCAAAUAUUUUCUGAAUGCCUUUUUAUCCACCAUACUUUCUCCUUUUCUGUCCGCUGUCUGACUUUACAAAAGAGUAGAUUAACAGUAAAUUACUCUAGAAACUAAUUAAAUGAACCACUUACCGGUGUUUGUGGUCCUGUUCAGGAAAUGGUCUGGGUAUCCGUGUAGUUGGAGGUAAAGAGGUCCCUGGCAGUAACGGAGACAUUGGUGCAUAUGUCGCCAAAGUCCUGCCUGGUGGUGCUGCAGAACAAACUGGAAAGAUUCUUGAAGGUAAGCUCUUUGUUAUCUUGUUUUUUUUCCUCUAGAAUAAUGUUGUAAACACCCUAAAGAUAUCGAACUGGAAAGGAUCUCCUUCUAAAGUCUACUGUAAACAUAUUUUGUACCCUGUUUAAUUAUUCAUAGAUUUUUAGAUAUUUGACCUGUGAACAGAAAAGCAUUUCACCUGUUUCAUCCACUGUCGUUUAGCUUGAAGUAAUAACCGCUGCUUCUUACACAACACCACCUUGCUAUCAUUUUGCACUAACCCUCAGAUGUAUGACCUGUGAUUUAACUCUUACACACCUCUCACUGACACAACCUCAGGAUUAAUUGCCAUUUGUUCUCUGAGCAGGAACACAUUUCAUAAGGCGUUAUUGAUUUCAUACGGAGGAGUCUGGGGAUAGCUAACCCGCUCACCCUCCCAGUCCAUCUGUCUGCCCAUAGUCCUUUUUAAUCUCCGUGUUGAGCUACAUUGAGGGUGUCGGACUACUGGUAAAGCCAUGGCCUAAGCCUUUUUGAAGCUGCUAUGGCUGUUGAUGAAUCAAUGGUGAAGGAGGGAUUGAGGAAUACUGCCCAGUUUAGAUCUGUGUGGUGUGUUGUCCAUCUGUCUGUGUCUCUCUGUCUAUGUAGAUGUGUGUAGAGUGAGCGUGGGCUCUUCUUUCAGUACUUUCUGUUCUCAUUUGUGUCUCUUUCGACUCUUUUUUUUAUCCUCCUACUUUGGUGCCAAGUUUGUGAUUUUCUCUCUCGACUUAUUGAUAGCACUUAUAUUCAAAUAAAAAUAUAUUAAGAUCAUUUGAAAUAAGAUUCAUAUAUGUGACCUGAAAGCUGAUCAUUUUAAUCUUGGGAUUGUGUGCACUCAAGUUAUCAUCUUGUCUGCAGAGGAUAUGAUCCUGAGUGCCCAAGAUAGUUAACUUAGUUGCCCAAGUUGUUAUUUAAGGUGCUAGGGAUAUCAUAUUGGUGUGCGCUAAAUAGUUUUGCCAUGCUGACAAGUUAUGAUAAUGUGUGAUCAAGUCAUGAUUUUUAUGAUCUUGUGCUAGAUAGUUAUCUUGGUUGCUUGAGUUAUGUUAUGCGCUCAAGUUAUCAUCUUGUGUGCUUAAGUAAAAAUAUUGUAAACUCAAGUUGUUCUCUUGUUUGCACAUAAUAGGAUCUUGGGUCAACAAGAAAGUUAACAUGGUUGCUAAAGCUAUCAUCUUGUUGACGCAAGAUAGCUUUUACAUGUGCUCAAGUUGAGAUAUUGUAUAAUGAAGUUAUAAUCUUGUCAGUGCAAGAUAUGAUCUUGUACACACAAAAUUUUUCCAUUUUGCUUGAGUUGUUCCCAUGUGCGCAUAAGUCAUUAUCUUGUUGACACAAGAUAGCUUUUUUGUGCUUAAGUUAUUAUAUUGCUAAUUAAAGUUGUUAUCUUGUGUGCACAAGAUAGGAUCUUGGGUCCAAACAAAAGAAUGUUAUCUUGGAUGUUUAAGGUGUUUUCAUGUGAGCCAAAGCUACUAUCCUGUCGGCUCAGGAUAGUUUUCUUUUGUGCUCACAUUAUUAUAUUGUUAAUUGAAGUUAUCUUGUGUGCACAAGAUAUGAUCUUGGGACUACAAGAGUUUUAUCUGGAUUGAUCAGGUUGUUUUUCCGUGAGCUAAAGUUACUAUUUUGUACGCACAAGUUAUCUUUGUCCUGUGCUCUGGUUGUUUCAUUUCAUAGUGUCUGCACGAGAUAUGACCUCUGUGGUUGUUAUCUUGGCUUCUGAAGUUGUUAUCUUGUGCACCAAAGUUGCGCCAGAUUAAUCUAAUGUGUUCUUAAUUCAGAAAUUCAGGAUCCAUGCCUUUUUUUUCCACGAAUCCUAAUCUACUGUUCUCUAUUCCUCCUCUAAUUUCUGUGUGGAUAGGGAGAUAAAGUGAAAAUGUUCUAUAUCCUCUAGUUUCUUCACUUUUUAGCCUCAGCACUGAGAAAUCUGUGUCGUAGGCUGGAGCUGUGAUGGUCGCUUAAGUCAGGGAGUCAAAAUGCAUCUGUGGUGUUGCUAGUCAGGAAGACAACACACCCAUGAUAACACCCCUUACCCCGUCAUCAACACUGAGCAGAGCGGCUGUGCGGUACUUUGCUGAUGCAGUGGGAACAUGGUGUCUUAACCUCUGUGGUGUGAAUACGGGGGGGAUGCUAACACAUUCAACAGGCCUGUCAUCUCAGAUCGACGGAAACAAAGUGUGUCAGCUCAGUGACAUCGAGUUUUUUUAUGUGUUCAAAAUGCAACACGCUUGUAAGAUGUACAGUGUGAAAAAUGUGAUGGAUGGCAAUACAGUAGCUUCCCUGCUUGCACAUGCAGCCCGAGAGUAUCGUCGCAAACAGAGGACCCUCCUGAUGAGCUGUUUCAAUCGAUGUAAGUCCUGCUAGUGGGCAGGGUGUGUUUUUUGGAGAGUGCAGUGGAUUUGCAGUGCUGUGCAGACUAAUGUGAACUUUUAGAGCCAAUGGAAAACAAAUCUCUCUAUCAUGGAGAAAGCCAUCAAGGGAUCUUUUAUGGUUUCUCUUGUUAUGAAAUCAUCUUGAUCAAACCCUGCAAAGUGUAGAUGUACAGCUCAAGUCUCAUGAUUUUAUUAGCGGGUUAAUUCAAACCCGAAUCUGUUUCUGAUUUCUCCACAAGCUGCUGUUUAGGUUGUCACAAACAUUCAUCUAGUUUAGCUCCCAGUUUGAUUCACUUUGAGGAAAUCUGAGCUGGUUUUUCUCAAACAUAGAGCAAUGUAGGGCCCUGAACUAGUCCCUCAUUUGGUCCCUUAAACCCCUGUUUUAUACCAUAAAAAAUCCACUUUAAUUUUUAAUUUUGUUUUGAUUUGAUGUGAGAUGCCUGCACUUUAGUUUUUAAAUUUUCACCUCAGUUGCUCUUGUUUAUGGCUUAAUGCAGAUUUAAUAUUCUGUGUGUAGGAAUGCAAGUCUUGGAGUGGAACGGUGUUCUUCUGACGGGGAAAACCUAUGAAGAAGUACAAGGACUUGUCGGACAGCCGUGCAAUGAGGCAGAAGUGUGUGUCAGACUGUGAGUACAAUCUGUGCAGCCUUCUCUUCGUGUUCUAUUGUUAGCAUCCUUGUUAUUUCUUUCUAUUUCUAUUUUCCUCAUUCUCUAACCAUCACCCUCAAAUAUGUUCUUUUAAUCCAGUCAAUGCCUCCUUAUGGUCCCUCUGCUCUUUUAUCUUUUUUUUCCCAAUCAUUGCUCAGUUUCUUUCAUCGUCACACAUCCACCUUAAGAGGGGCCUGAUUAACCCUUUCAAAAGCAUAAAAUGAAGCCAUGUGUGCGAGCUUUGCAGUUUCUGGUUGAUUUUUUAAAAAACACUCUGAUUUUCUGCAUAUUUAUUCAUUUAUUUUAAAAGCUUUCUGUCUGACUUGUCCUCUCUGUAAUCACCUGAUACAUUCACUCUGUAUCUUUCAGCGAUCUCAACAUGCUGUCUGAGUCUGAAGGCACAGAGCACCUGGAUUUCCAGGAGCACAGCAAAGGUGAGCCACAUUAUUUCUUCGACUUCAGUCCUUACACAUUUUCCCGUCUUCACUUUCCCGCCACCACCCUCUCUGCUGUCAGUUUUCCACGUGAACCCCUGUCUCGCAAAUUUUUAGUCCUCUAAUAUCACUUUCAUCUACAAUUCUCUUUAUUCUCCGGUCCCGCCAGUGUGUUUCUUGUGGCCUAUUUUCUCCUCUAUCUGAAUAAGACUUUAAUCAUUCAAUUGUUCUCCGGAGGAGUACCACACUUUAAAGCACAGAUACAAGGAGCCCAAAAUACGGCCUACUUUCUUUGACGUUCAUGCAUCUGUUGAGUGAAUGGGUUAGUACCAUGAUGCUCUUCAGAGUAAGAGUCACAGUCACUUUAUUUCUCUAAGACAAAAUAUUUCAUUGAUGAGGGGAAUUGAUUUACUUUGGGUAGCUUCUGUUACUUAACCUAAGAUCGGGAUUUUACCUCAAGCUUACCAUGCUCAUGUAAAAUCAUGACAACAAUAAAAGCUCGUUAUUUAAGGAAAACUUGAAAAUAAACCAACUCAAAUUUAAGAUUAAUGAAAAAAUCCUUCUGAGAAAACAUCGCCCCAUAAAACGAUUGUAUAUCAUGCUUUUAUUUUGAUAUUUUGUCUGUCUUGCAUUUAGUUUGCUGUAUUUUCUGCUCUAUAAGACUGUGCUUUUAUUUUGAAGUUUUCCAAUACUGGUAGAUUGUGAACUGGGAAAAAACUGUUCAAAAUUAAUAGUAAGAAUGUACUAAACACAAAAAUGUAUAAAAACAAAAAACCUCAGACAGAAACAACAAAAGCCAAAAACAAAACUAGUUUUAAAAGGAACCCAACAAAACCCUGAACAUAAUCCAACAACUAUAUUAAUACAAGUGGGAGAAAAACAACAGUAAACACAGUAAAUAUCCACAGGUUAACUUAAAACCUGUUGUGACCAUGGUGUGACUCUUGUGCUGCAGGUGAAAGGCCUCCCAGGUCUCCAGGUGUUGACCCCAAACAGCUUGCAGCUGAGCUGCAGAAAGUGUCCCAGCAGCAGGGCCCCUCCUCAGGCCUGCCUGCCACCACCUCAGCCACCUCCAGCCCUGGACAGCCAGGAUCACCCUCUGUCAGCAAGAAACGCCACAGCAGCAAGGCAAGCCCAGAUGUUUUAGAAGUUUUGUUUUGACUUGUUGUCAUUUUUAAAUAUCGGUUCAGGAGUAUAAAUUCCGUCUAAGCUUCACUUUGACUGUAGUCCACUGAGACUGAUGUGUAGUUAUUACCCAUUUUUACACUUUAAACAUCAAAUUUGUGGGAGCAUAUUUUGCUUCCUAAGUUGUUUUUUCAAAGCCAACCAAAGUUCUGAGCUUGGACAAUAACUUUUAUAUCAAGAACUGUGAAAAGGCCAGCCUGGCAACGAACCUGAGAAUGCAGCACUUUGAAUUCUCCGAGCUUCAUUUUCAAACAGACACACUGAUUCAUUAGUUCACAGAGUUUGGAUGUAUUUUAGCCCGAAGCUCUAUAUAAAGCACCGCUCAGAACAGUACAUACUGUUCAGCACGUAUACCCACCAGUAAAAAUGUAUCCACCUACAGAUUUUUGCCAGCAUAAGCGUGUUGCUUUUAUCUCUUACAGACUGCAGAGGGAACCAAGACCCCGUCCCACCCUGUCUCUGGAGAGAUUCAGGUAUAUAAAAUCAAAGAAGGAACUCUCUAAGUCUAUGUGUAGGCAUUUAGAUGUACGACUGUUUUAUCAAGCAUUUUGAAACUAUCCAGUUGGAUAAAUACAAGAAAACCCAAAGGAUAUUGUGUGGUUUUUGUUUUAAAAACCAUUAGUUGAAAAUCAAUAUACAUAGUGAACAGUUGAAAUUGGUAAUAGUAAGAGUUAAGGUCCUUACACGCCUGGGCCGACGCGAAUAUAGAACGCCAAAUUACAAAAUAUUCGGAGGUGAAUUUUGAUGGGCCUGACUAUACACAUCAAGCCUGAUGCGAUUUUGUGACUUUCCGGGGGGGGGGGGGAGACACAUCCUGGUGAAGGCUUUUCCCAGGGUAAGUCCUGCCUCCUUCGCCUCUGAUUGGCUAGAAAAGCUGGAAACGUCAUCAGAUGCUCAAGCCAAACGGUCAGCACUUAUAGCCAAUCAGAGGCGAUAAGAUAAGCACAUGAAACUAUGGUGACAACCGUUAGCUUACGUUAGCACAGAUGAAAGUUAAAACAAAGACGUUUAGCAAACUGUUAAAGCACACAAACUAUCGUCAUAUGAGAGAUUGGAUGCUUUGUUGUCCUUCAGGUCAUUUAUCUGUCAUCAUAAAGCACAUUGUUCUCAGACACGUAAACAAUCAGCCAGUCGGCCAUGUUGGAUAUACCGGUAAAUGAUGUUGCAACAACACGCAAUCUGAUUGGUCAGAAGUAGACACACAGUAUGCGAAACUUUAGAAAAAUCGACCAUGAUCCGAAAAAAUAAAUGCCACAAUAUCGCAGGAUGGGAAAACGUCGCUGAUGUAAACGCUUGUAUGGACAGGAUACGGGUUUGUAAAAAAAUAUUGACGUCCGAAAUAAUCGCACGACAAAAACAGUCCUGGUGUAAAAGGACCUUAAUUAUAAUAACCUUUUUAAAAAGCAGAGGGCGCUGUCUUCAUUCGACUCCCCUUGUUCAAUAUUGUUAUGUCUGUUAUGAACAUAGUUAAACAGGUGAAUACAGACAUGUGUUGAUGGUGGAUGAGUUAUUUUACAGCUGAGGAUACACCAGCAUCAUCCAGAGAUAACAUCAGUGUGUAUUCGCUGUCUUUUUCUGGCAUUUUGUUCUGUUUCAGAAUUUUGCUCAGCAAAUAGCCAAGAGGAUGAGACAUGUAAUAAAAUCUAUCAUGGAAAUGUUGUAUCAUGAAACCAGCACUUUCAAUGGUUUAUCAGAUGGAGCCUGCUCUCUUCCAUCUUAUCUCACUGUGUCGUUGAUCGAGUCUGCUAUCACAUCCCUGCUGCUAGUAUCUGCAGCUGUUUAAGUUUGCAAACAUUGUUCUUCUCCUCGAUUAAAUCCAUUAUAACCAAAUGUUUGCUUGCUUGUUUGUUUGUUUUUUUCCAGCUUCAAAUCCAUUACGACAAGCAGCUUGGCAACUUGAUCGUUCAUGUCCUGCAGGCCAGAAACCUUGCCCCACGGGACAACAAUGGCUACUCUGAUCCAUUUGUAAAGGUGUAUCUCCUACCUGGGAGAGGGUGAGUCAAGAGUGUGCCAAAUGGGAGCACGCCUUAAAUAGCUCAGGACAGGACCAAGGUCAACUUAGAAAACAGAGAAACAAAAUGUGUUAAGGGAAGUGUCCAAGAUGUCCAGUUUUAAAAGGUGCUCAGUUCUCCCAGUUCAAAAAAAAAAUAGCCACUCUACAAAGCUUAAACCAUAUUUUUUUCCACUUUCAAAUUGAUUUAUGAUUGAUUUUUCCUUACCAUAACAUCCUAUGCACAUGGCCUCUUGUUGGAAUAAAUUCCAUCAGAUGUUUUCCAACAGAUCUCUAAGCACCUCUCCUCAGCUCUUUAUUGCUCCUGAACCACAUUAACAUAAUGUAAAUUAUAUGAAGUAGCUCAUGUACUUGUUGUGCUGCUGUUGCCCCCGUUGAUGGGUGUUUUACUGAACGUGUGAGUGCAGUCAAAAUCAAUAGCUCUCAAAUUCACUCGCAAUAUGAUCCACAUUCCCUCGUAAGUCCAGGGCUCCCUUCUCACUGUGAUUGCGCUGUAAUGUAAUUGACUCUCCCACCUUCACCGCUGUGUGAGCUCCCUCCUGAGAGAGAGAGAGAGAGAGUGUUUUUUAUUCCAGGGAUUGUUUUAGAUAAAAGCAGUUAUAUACGGCUGUGGGCUCUCACAGGCCUUCAGUUUACCGCAUGCAGAUUCAAGCACCACUGUGGGUUUUACAAAGCCUUGAGGCUGGACUUAUUUAUCAAGACAGACACGCAAGAACAUGUGAGCAAAUACUCGUGUAUAUGCUACAUGUGUAUGAACCAACAUGCUAACAGCUGUCAGAGCACCGACUGCGCUCCAUGCAGAGGCUUUUCAGAUGCAUCACAGAUCGCAUGGCAACCGCAUGGAGAUCCUGCAGUGAAACAUUUGGAGAUAAAUUAAAGUUUAAUUCAGCACAGCCAGGGAAAAGGUAAAGCAUAGAGUACUGAUCAUGCUGCUCUUGGCUCCAUUUAUGCUUUUCUGCAAGAACAAAUGUUUUAAGAUGAGAUAAGAGAGUGAAGGUACAUUAGUGACGUGAUAACAGCAGAUGAAACUACAGUGUAAACAAAAUGAGUACAAUCAAUUGAACUCUGGACUUGACCUGGGUAAAAAGCAUGAAAUAAAUGAGAAAACCUUAAAAAGCUGAAUCUCUUCUGCUGAGAUUUUGAUAUGAAAUAUUUUGACCUUGAAUUGAACAUUUUUAAUUGAAAGCUAAAUGAUAAUUUCUCUCUUUUCUUGUAAUUUUUGACAAAACUAUGUUGGAUAACCUGGUCCAGGAUAGUGAAGAAACAUGGUUUUACGAUAUCCAAAUCAUUCUUACUGUAAAUAUGAGGUACAGCUAAUGAACUCGUGGGCCCUGGUCACCUGAAUCUCUACUGCAGUUGCCAAUGGAUGCGUCCCAUCACCUGAAAGCCCUCUCAGCACACAUACAUGCUGUUCAUGAGACAACACAGCACAUUUCAGUUCACACCACAGAGCCCCACUCUGGCCCCUUUUGUGACCACUCAGUUGAUGAACCCCACACUUAACAUGUAUCUACUCUCUAUAUAGUAAUCUCCCCCUCCCCACAUACACACUCACAGUCCACAGACUCUCUUUCUAACCCCCCCACCCACCUCCCCUCUGACUAUUGUUUCUGUAUGUUGUUCUUUAUAUUUAAUGCAUGCUGGACCCCCUCAGUCAGGUCAUGGUUGUCCAGAACGCCAGGUAUGUGACUUGCCCACUUUGGCACUUUGUUUUGGUUGAAAUUUGGUUGGUGAAGGUGUCAAAACGUCCGGGUUGUUUUUGAACUGAUUGGUGGCUUAUCGUAAAGUCAAUUCCACUAACCCCUCUGAACUGUGCAUUUCCCCUGGUCCCCAUACUCUCAUGAUGUUCCACUCACCCUAAAGGCACAGUCUUGCAUUUUAGAGACGUUAAAUCCCCCGAGUAUUAACAUCUUCCAUUUUCUUCUCAUAUGAACAUGUAGUCCCCCUGUGCUGACAGUUAACAUUUCCCCAGCUAACUGUUGUGUGUCCCUGGUAGAUGGUCUGUUUUUGUCCCACACCAUUGCAAUAUGAAAUCUUAACCUCAAACCCGACAUCCUUUAGUUCGUCCCCGUUUUGUGUUUAAAAUCCCUCAGUGAUGUGCGACAUCGUGCCCUGACAUCUCAGUGUACUCCUUACUCCCCGCCACUUUCAGCACACACUCUCAUUAUUUGCUCUGCAGGCCUGACCCAUUCCAUCAAACAGUACUGUCUUUAUCGAACUAACACUUAAGGUCUAACUUACAGCCUACAAUCUUAAACCUUAUGGUGCAAAAAACAUCUAUUUUGCCCAUUCCAUUGAGUCUUAUGCUACAUUAAAAAUUUGCCCCCUCAAAACAAGUGAAUUACCAAGCCAACAACACCAGAUUAGGCUAUUUUCCAGGGUGAAAUCCUCUUAUUAUAGUUUUGAGAACUUGGUUAAAAACUUUCCUUUAACAACUGGCUUGUUGAUUCAUUUGUUUUGGGACCUCCAAAUUUAAUGAGACUUCACUCAAUGGCAACAAAAAUGGACUUUUUUGCAGCACACCCCCACAUCACAUCUUGCCGCCCAUGCACGGAGGUUUAAUACAUUGUUAUUUCCAAACAAUGUGUAGUACCACGUACAUCUUCUUCCCUCAUUGUGCCUUUCUACACCACAUCGUGAACACCACUUUAUGGUGGUCCACGAAACCGCCGGACUCUUGCAUUAAAUUAAGCUGUUUUUUUUGUUGUAAUGUUUUCCCAACAGUGCUGAAAAUAAGAGGAGGUCCAAACACGCUGGCAAGAGUCUCAACCCAGAGUGGAACCAGACCGUCAUCUAUAAAAACAUCCUUCUGGAGCAGGUAUUACAUGCAUGUUUUAUGGGCCAGGCAUCAGAAACUUACCAGAUGCAACCAUAGAUUGUACAUAGAAUGGAUGCUGUCCGCCGUCUCGCUGGGUGAAGCCACCCUGAGAACAGCACCCUCUGGUGACGGGCUGCAGUAUAGGUCAUAAAUCCCACUUUCAUCACCCAUCCUUAUGGAGCUGUGGACAAACUUUAGAAAUUAAUUACACAGAACAUAAUUUUUUUCCCCCUUGCUUGCGAUGUUGACAUGAAGUUAUUGUAAGACUGGUUUGUGCUCAAGUCUGGCACAAUACAGUACAAUAAGAUGCAAUACAUGAUACAUUUCCCACUUUGAAAAUAUGACUACAGAGAUUUUGCACCAACAGAUGAAUUUCAAUCAUGAUAUCUAAUAAGUGUAGAAUACAAAAUGCCCCUAAAUGUACAGGAUAAAUGACUUCAAUGUCACUACAAGGAGUCAAAUUUGGAGGGAAAAUCUGUUAAGUGAUCCAUAGAAUUAUUUUACUGCUAAAAUCCUCGAUGGAGAAUCAAUAAUUCAGCAAAAUCUGAAGUUCUCAAACUUGAGAUGAAUCCGUUCAUUUAAGGCAAUAAGAACAAAACUCACACUUUACUGAGUUGAAAUGGCACAAUAAAGCAUAAUACACAAUAUUGUCUUUUCCCUGCUGACAAGCUUUUGUCCACUGGCUUUAGCAGAGCAGAUGGAAUAAACCAUUGGGAUUUAAUUAUAUCAUUUUAGAUCCCAGUUUAGAUUCAUUGGCCCCAAAUCAUUCGAAACCAUUUCUGGACUUCUGUUGUCUGGCUUUUAGGCUUUCUGCUCCAAUUUUAAAACCACAUUGAAUGUUUUUUUCUUGUACAUUUAAUUGCACACUGAGAUUAAAUAGGUCAGUGUAAGGAUACAUUAACUUUCUACAUAUGUGUAUGUAUUUCAGCUGAGGAAGAAGACCCUAGAAGUGAGCGUGUGGGACUACGACAAGUGCUCGUCCAAUGACUUCUUAGGAGAGGUAAAUUCAUUAUAAACUUCUUUUAUUUUUACUGUAAAUACUUGUUUUUUCACUCACUGUUAAACUGCUGCGAUUCGUCCUCAGGUCCUUAUAGACCUGUCCAACACAGCCCAGCUGGACAACAUCCCGCGUUGGCUCCCCCUGAAAGAGCAGAGCGAAGGCGACCACCACCGGCGCUCCCACUCGAGCCAAGGACGACACAGCUCCUCCAAACCCUCCUCCCAGCACUCCUCCCCUAAAACCACGGCCUCCUCACACGACAAUCAGGACUCCCCGAAAUCAUCUGUCAUCAAGAGCCGGAGCCACGGGAUCUUCCCUGAUCCUGCCAAGGGUAGGACAAGAUAAAAAUCCCCUCACCUGCUUGACUUUCAUCCACUAACAAACGUCUGCUGCUCCCACUAUUUCUUCUUUUCCUUUUUUGUCUCUCUGUCUCUGCUUUUCUUCCUCCAAACUUCUUCUGUCUCCUCUUCUGUCCACCUUUUUUCUUUUUCAACACUCUUUUUUCUAACCCAGCACCUUCCUAUGCCCAUUUUUCCACACUGAUCACAGCUUAAGCUUCAUGCUUUUUUUCCCCAUGGUCUGUCUUCUUGGUUGCCAUGUUGUCACCCAGCUCAGAGGCCUAGCCUUAGCUUCCCUCUAUCCUUCCCCUAACACAGAGGGCAACAUGGCCGUGGAAGGCUUUGAAUUCUCCCCUAAUUUAGACAAUAACCUUUAAAUUAAAUAACAUUUCAAAAGGCAGUUACCAUGGCCGCCAAAAAAAGGCCACAACAGGUAACAGUCCCUUAGAGCACUUGAGCUAGCUAAAGCUAAUUAGCUUUUUUGUUGUAAUUUGGUGAAUUUGGUUGUUUUAGACACGCAGGUCCCCACUAUCGAGAAAUCUCACAGUAGCCCCGGCACGUCGAAGCCUUCCCCGUCCGAGGGCCAGAGCCAAAGCCAAAGCCACAGCCACGGACACAGCCAACACUCUCGCUCGCACGGCGCUUCACGCUCCAGCAAAAGCGCAGCACGGCAACAACAUCAUCAGGACGGCGGCACUGGAAGCGGCCGGGGCGCUGCCGUAGUGGCGGGCGAUGCCCCGCAGCAGGCACAGCAGCCGCAGCCGCAGCCGCAGCCGCAGCCGCAGCCGCAGCAACGCCUCCAGCCAAGUAAACCAAGACGCAAAUAAAGCCCACGCAGCAUGGCCUCCUCACUUUCAUCUGUUCUACUUUCUGUUCAGUGAUUUUUUCUUUCAGUUCCCUCAGUUUCCUUUUCUAUUCUUGGUUCCCCCUCGCCUGUUUUAACCUUCUGUACUCACAGUGCGUCCACCUCUCACUGCUUCUCUUCUGUAUGUAGUCAGAAAUGUGAAAUCCAGCAUCCCAUCUGUAUUGUAGCACACUGUCUUUGACCUUCCUCACUUUGACCCUUUCACAGUAAACCCAAAGAGGCGUAAUGUUUGGCUAGUUCUAGCAAUUUCAAGACCUAGAAAAACUAGAAAUCACAAGCAAACAGUCUAUAAAAUGACUUAAACAUGAAACACAAAAAAUAAAAGAGACUCUUAUUUUGGUUAAAGUGAGGUUUUGCUGUCUUAACUGGUAGUUUACAUAUAUUUGAUUUACUAAGCAUUCAAAUAUUAACGAUAGAAUGCAAAAGGUAUUUUAAAAAGCAGGUUUUCAGAUUUUAUUUUGAAGGAUAAAAUCAGCACAAUCAGCCAAAAAAAAAACACUGACUCUUCCAGAUGACUCAAAUCAGAAAUAGCGGAACAAAAACAAGCUUGUUUGAGAAAGUUCACUUAAGAGAGUUUGCCAGAAAUGAGAGACUUUUUUUGCCUCCAGCUGGCAGUUAUUCUGGAUUCAUUUAUCCGAGCAGUGAAACAGAAGAAAGCUGCAGUCCCGAUCCUCUCCCUUAAAAAUCAUUAACCUCUUUUGAUAUUUUUCUUUUCGUUUCUUUUCUUUUUGGUUAACAAACAACUACCAGCUUUUCUGGAGCCCUUCCACUGAGAUGGCUGUGCAUGCAGUCCACUAACCCUUCCCCCACUUUUUUUGUUGAAAAAAUACUGGACCCACAAUGCACCUCAGUAGAUGCUGCACAGGAAUGUGCACUGCACACUGUGGCUGCAUGUGAUUGACAGUCAAGCUGGUUGCCAUAGUGAAGAUGAACCGCUCUCUGAAUCUCCAUCUCGCUCCUCCUCCCCUCCUUCCUUCCAUCUUCUAAAAUUCCUCCCUGACAUGUGACCUGCGCCUGCGAAAAAACAAACAAACAAACACACCCCCACCCCUCAGGCCAAAGAGGCCGCCUCUCUCUGAGGCACCAGAGACACAGCGUAGUGGGCGUGCUCACCAUUCAGAGAGCGCAGUCCGAUUGGCUGCCAGCCCUUCCAUCAUCGUCUGCCGUGUCGGCCAAAGGGAGCAGAGCAGACGGCAGACACCUGACCCUCAGGAAAGCCGUGUCGGAAGAGAGGCCGCAGAGCAUCGGAGGUGAGAGUGUCUCCUCUCUGUCGUGUGACUGAAGCACAGAUGGAGCAAGGAGAGAAAGAGAGAGAGUGAAAGAAAGAGAGGAUGCGAAUCUACUAACGCACACCUGCAGAGAAAAAAAAAAGAGGAGUCUAAAUCUUAGAGAGAAAAAAAGAACGAAAGAGAGAAAGUUGCACCCACAUCACCAGAGAUUCAUGCAAUGAGACAUGCUUUUCUUAACGGCCAACCAACACAGCCCACUAAUAUCAGGAAAUGAAUGUCUCCAAGUGUCAUGUGACUCACUUCGACUGUGUCACGGCACCCGUGUGGCGUCACUGAACUGGUAUUAGUGAGUUUCUGCAAACCGAGGACGUGUUGAGAGGCCUGCAGAGAAAAACGUGUCGACAUGGAUCCUGUUUGUGCACCACAUCAAUGCAUCUCACAUCAUUCAUACUCAAUCACACUUCCUGAUCAGCUGUUUGGAAAUAAAAUGUUAAAGUAUUAUUUCUUUAAAAACACAAAUCUAAAAGGAAAGCUGCAUUAAACCACUUUAAAAACAUUUCCGAAAAUACUAAAAACAUCCUCUAAACCUGUCCUGUGAAGAGACCACGUUGUUUAACUAAACUAAUGCCUAAAUUAAACUCUGUCUAAAUGUAAAAGAUCAUUUAGGUAACUAACAGUGUCUAUGUGCCUCUUGUUUAGUUUGCAUCAACAUAUCUAUGUGGUAUAUCUCUGGAUUUAUCUGUCUGUUUCAUGUUAAAGCUUUCUAUGUGAGUUCUAUCUGUCUUGUCUUUGUCUGAGAGAAAGUUUCUAAGUUUGUUCACAUUCUUCUCACUGGCGUUUCUGUGUUUUUCACUCUGAACCAGUCUUGUGUGCGUUCAAUAGCCUCUCCUUUUAACUCUGACAUGAAUUAUUCUAAGGCGAUGAAGAUGGAUCAUAGCUGCUGCAGAUGUAAACUAACACUUCUUGGAUCUAGUUUUUGGACUGGGCAGAGGUGCGGUCUUUCUUCCUGUCUCUUUAUCGUGAUGGGUGUGGUCAUGUCUCUGCGCAGUGCGGUCCAGCUAUAGAUCCGGCGACGCCCCCGUCACUGCCGCCUCGUUGGACAGCGGCCUGAGUGGCAGCGCCUACAGUCUGUUGGACGAAGAGGGAGAAACGAAUGAGGUGGACAGUGCCAUCUUCCAGGUCCCCCGAUUGUAAGUAAAGUUAUUGAAUACCUGUACAUGCAAAUUUUGCCUCAGAAAAGAAAAGGAAGAUACACCAAAGAAAAUGUAGAAAACUGCUGCUUAGUUCUUUAUCUCACAGAGUUUUGUCUUCUGUAUUUUAGUGGAAAGAUCCCAAACGGCACAGAGGCGAUGAAAUCAUCAAUGGGACACGGUGACAUGGAAGGUAAGAUUAACAAAACACGCUAAAUAUCAAAACAAUUAGGAGGACAUUAUGCCACUAGUUACCAAAUACAGGGUGUUAACAAAAUGUGUAAUCAGAUCUGUCUUUUUGAAUUUUAGAUAAUCAAAUCAAUACGUUGUUUUUCUCUGAUUUCUUCUUAAAGCUCCUGUGUGGAGUUUUUAACCUGCUUUGAAACUCAUAGAAAUCCACAGCGAUACUUUUUUAGGGCUUACAAAAGCAUUAAGGGCCAUUAUCAACAAGUUAAGCAAUUUUAUAUUUGGAGUUUUUAUUGCCUGUAACUUCUGCAAGGGGGUAAGUGUCAAGUCAGAGAGCUGAACGCAAGCCGCAGAAACAGCUUUUUUGAUUCUCACAGCACGAUGUUUACGACUGUUAACGGGAAAAGGAGCGAUAUCUGAUUUUCUUUGAGCUCAGGAUGAAACAGGGGGCAUCAAAAUUGUUAGAAAUGGAGAGUUCCUGACAGGAGCUUUAAAGGGAUAUUCCUGCGAUUUAUGAUCAUUUCUUCAUGGAAAUGCAAUCAGACUGAGACACUGAGGCAGAAGAACUACUGUGUCUGCAGGGCAAAAUGAUUAAUAUGGUGAUUAUUACUUCAAGGAAGUGAUAAAGAAAUGAUCAUAAAGGUUUUUCCUUGAGCUGCGUCACCCUGCAGCAGGGGUCUCCGUACAAACAAGCGGCUGCUGGAAGAGAGUAGGUGAGUUGUGUUUAGUCUCUUUGCUAAAGAAAUUAGGCAAAGUUAAAAAGAUGUUUGGUGGCUAGUGCUAUGGCUGGGACCCUAUAUGUACUGUUGAUGAAGUUAGGUGCUGUUCUGAGCGUUAUUUGUGGCUAUAGAGUGGCGUUUUAGUUGAGGUUUGUUUAUGGCUCCUCAGACCAACUGUGUAUUGCUAUCAUGCGGUCGUUACCAAAGUUGAUAAAACUAGAGAAGCAAGCGGUCGGCAACAUUCAUCUCUCAAAAGGUGUCUAACUCGGUGUUAUGGUGUGUUUGACCCUAAAUCAAUUUUACGCCGGAAUAUCCCUUUAAGUUCAACAUGAUCGUCAUCCUUCAAAACUAGCCUACUUCUCCAUGUGUUUCCCUGUAUUUUUUCAAGUCGAUAUUUAACGUUAAGAUGUAUCAUAAACGUGAUUUUUUUGGUGACAUCUACUUUAUCUCAGAGUGGGAGGUUUGCAACGCAGUGACUGAUGAGGUCUGUGAGAAAAUGAUGAAAUUGAAGAGAAACUUUACCUGUGUCCCCUCCCUCAAACAAAUCCAUAAAUGGGCUGGCAAAUUUAUAAGGGUGCCAAAAAAACUGGAUAAAACAGAUGUAUUCUGUGUAAGAUCCACCAUGUUGUAGAUGCAACAUCAGUCCACUCAUACUGGGCUAUAAACAAAAACUAGUAACAUUUAUGAAAGCACUGAUAAAGAAGUUGGCUAACAAAAAUAUCAAGUUGCUUGUGCAAAUGUGAGUGAAAUUUAAAAACUUUUUGUUUGAUAAAUGCUUGAAGAUCAUAAAAAUUUACGUUUAAAGAGAUAAAUUUGUACAAGAUUGUGGUAAAUAUAUGGAUUAAAUUAAAAGUAAAAGUCAUUGAUUUUCUUCAGAUUUUAUUGUAGCUGCUUAUUUAUUGAUAGAUUAUAAAAUCAUAUAAAUUAAUCAUAUUCCUCAUGUUCAUAUAACCCACUACAGGGGACACAGCAGUAUAUGACAACAACAUUUACUGCCUUGGUCGCUGUGAAUAUGUUCAUAUAAGAACUCAAAGGAUGUUUUUAUUAAUCCAUCCCUGCUGGUUUUCCUCAUUUCUUCUUCCUGCCACUGAAUUAUGAGUCAUAAGUGGUUAUGACUAAUUCAAGGUGCAAAAACUAUUAUAAAAAGCUUCUGAGACCUACAGUAUUUUAUCUCCCUUCCAGACCAAGUGUGAGACUGCUUAACACACACACAGAUGAACAUGUUAAAGCAUUUAUUUUUACCCAUGUCAUCUUCUCUGUAUCAUCAGCUCACUUUUUUCACUUUUAUCCUCAGCUUUUUUUGUUUGUGUUAACUUGUUUCUCCUCUAGCCAUGAACCAAAUAAACCCCAACCACCAGUGUUGUUGACCCAGCUUUCCAAACUGUCAUUUUACUCAGUUGCUACGGAAACCAGAAUCCAGUCAGAGUUCUUAUAACUCCUUUUCGUCUGUCUCAAACAGAAAAGUGUAAUGGCUCGCAGACCUCGGUUGAAGAAAUACCUGUCAUGGGAGUAAAACAAUGCUCAGAGGGAGAAAAGCCGUUUCCUUUUAUUACAAAUCUACCUUCACUCAGUGCGUUUACAUGCACAGCUUAAUCGGACUAAGCUCAUAAUUCGUUUUUUGUCGAAUCAGACUUUUCUCCUUGUCUGGGUAUACAUGCAGCUGAGAAAACCAAAUUGUUGACGUGAACGUGUCCUCCUCCCCAAAACUAGGGGGUGAUACGGGUCGUUUCAGUGGCCUGUACAACCGUCAACAACAACAGCAGGUCCAUGCCAGACAUCAGAAGUGGCAACAACUGCUGAUGGGCAUUUUCGAGCAAGAAGAUGGAGACAUACUGGGAGCAAAUUAACAGAGGCCUCGUCCUAAUCUCCACCCUGAAGCCCCUACAGGCACACAUUUAAAAACAUGGGGCAGGAACUAUAAAACACUAAAAUAAAAACAAAAACGCUAAAAGCACUUGGAGGAAUAUCUAUUAAUUCUAUAACUUUGGAAUAAGUAAGCAACAUGACUGGGUUUAAAAAAGAAAUUUAUGAGGUAAACUUGGAAAGAGGUCCAUUAUUCAGUGAGAAACUGAGUGAUGCAAUGGUUCAGCAAUUCCAGGAUAAUGUUCCUUAGCAAAAGUCUGCAAAAGUUUGGGGAUUUCAUCAUCUACAGUACAUGACAUCGACUAAACACUCAAAGGAAUUCUGGGAACCUCUCUUUAAAAUGGACAAGGCUGGUAACUAAUCAUGAAUGGCUGUGAUUUGCAGGUCUCCGAUGGCUCUCCAUUAAAUACAGAUAUGACUCGGUGGAAGUCACUGAAUGGGCCCAAAAUCACAUCUAAAAAUCACUGUCUGUGAGCAGAAACAGCAAAGAGGAAACUGUAUCUUAACAUAACCCAGAAAUGCAAACACCUUUUUUGACUUUUUGAACUACUCUGAACCUGUUAAAGAUGGGCUGAGGCACAAUCUAAUCAAAAUUUGACAUUCUUUUUGGAAAUCAUGGGCAGGAGAUUGAGGACUUUGCUUGUUCACAGUGCGCAGUUCAAAGACAAUGAGGGUUUGAGGUGCUUGUUUACACACAUUAAUGCUAAAUAUACACCCAUGUCCUGGAGCAACAUCUGCUGUCUCCAGAUGCUGACUUUUCCAGGGAAGACCCUGCAUAAUUAGUAGCCUUACUACAUUUUGCAUGUAUUACAACAGCAGAAUAGUCUGGCCCGCCUGCAGUCCUUGUCACCCAGACAGGGACUCGAGAUUAAGAUUUUACACUUCACCAAGCUUGUAAUGAACUCUGGUCAGCACCCAAAAGUUAGCAGACUCUUAAAAAGUGUAACUAAAUUUUAAGUCGGCAUCACAGCUUGUAAACAUUAAGAAAUCUGACAGUGGAACAGUACUGAGCACUCACUAUCUGAUAACACCACAAAGUCUGUGAGCCUGUGUGCGGGUAAAGAUUGGGAUCAGACCAGAGAAGGCCAGACCCAGUAUUUGAAUGAGCUGAACUGAUUGAAUGUGUUUUCCAGGUAAGUCAACAGUAAUGGGGGAGAUCAAGAUUGCUCUGAAGAAGGAGAUGAAGACGGAGGGAGAGCACCUGGUCCUUGAAAUUCUUCAGUGUCGCAACAUCACCUACAAGUUCAAGAGUCCGGACCACCUGCCAGGUAGGAGAGAAUUUUCCCCUAUGUGCAUGUUUCCUUUCAGCGUUCAAAGACAGUUUUACAUAAUCCUGCGUGGUGUCUACUGUUCGAAAGCUUGGAAGAGGCCGACACGUUCACUGUUUAUGAAAAAAUCUGACACCUAGCAUGCUGCUGUAGAUGCAAAACCACAGGUGUUAUGAUCUACACAGAAAAAAAAUAGAUAAAUACAAAAUCUGAUAGUUUUUGAUGCUUUCAUGCAGUUUAGCAAUUGUAUACUGGAGGAUAAAAUAUUAAAACUCAAAGUAAAUCUCUAAUUCGUUCACUCUUCAGUCAUGUCUCUGUUACACGUAUCAGAAUCAUACUUUUCCUCCCUUUAUAAAAUGCAGAUUGCCACCCACCUCUCGCCUCCUCUUGUAAUAUUUACACCCUCAUACACAAGCUGCCUGCCACUUGUGUGAUUUGCAUUUUUCUCCAGAUGGGCUCAGCACACAGUUAUAUUUCCAAGGACAGUGUAUAGCGGCUCUAAAGCAUAUAAAGUGCUGCAGUGAAUCAUAGCAUCAGCAUUGCAUUGUUGGCUUUGUGAGUCUGUGUCUGUUUCUCAGACUGUUUUGUGUACCUUCAGAGUCUCUGCUCAUAUACAGAGGCCUUGGCUUCAGCAAACAAAAUCUCCAGAGUUAUACAGCUCAGCUAUCUCCCUCUAGUGGCUGACAGUGGAAAAAGGAUUAAACUACACCCACCUACACUGGAUAUUGUUGAGCAUAAACUUAAAACUUUAUCACAGAACUAACAAAGUGGGUUGUUAAUGUUUCCUCAUACAUGCAAGUAUGAAAGUAUGCUCCUUAUAUUGAUGAAACUGUAGGAAAUUGAAUGAUAGCAUACUUGAAAAUGACAAGAGCAAUAGAAAUGAUGCAUUAAUUGCAGCUCCAUAAGAAUACGUGUGUGUGUUUGUGUGUCUCACAGAUCUUUAUGUGAAGCUCUACGUAGUGAACAUCGCCACCCAGAAGAGGAUCAUCAAGAAGAAGACCAGAGUGUGCCGUCAUGAUCGAGAACCAUCUUUUAACGAAACUUUCCGCUUCUGUAUGAACCCCACAGGACACGCUCUCCAGGUAUGUGCCAUUUCUUGAGUAUUAUUAUUAUUAGUCAAGUUUUAUGUGUCCAUAGCCAUGUUUACAUGUGCAAAAUUUCUUGAUCCGAUUAAAAAUUUGAGGGAUCAGAUAAUCUGAAUCCACUGUUUAUGGGUGCAAAAUCAAAUAAUCCGAUCAUGACGUGCAUGUACAUUCACCAAGCUUUAUUCAGAUUAGAAACAUUUGGACAUGCACGCAUUGCACAGACAAACGUGGUAGUGGUUCACGCCAUCCAAUUGAGGAGUUUUCCCCCUGUUAAAUCUUGUCACUAGAUGGCGCCCUUGCUCACUUAUUUUACUGUUCUGUCAAAGGUUGUACUGUGCGUGCAGAUGUGACAUCAUUACGCUGUAUGUACGCCGUGUUCUGUUACCAGAGGAGCAGACAUGGCACCUGCGGUUGUGUUUUAUGCCAGAGUGUUAAUAAUGAAACCUCCUGAACUUGCCUUAAAUAAAUAAGCAAAAGGCUAAAGAGUGAAGAUUAAGUCAGGUAAGAAAGUCACAAUCAGAAUAAGUGUUUACACUGAAUUAAGUGUUUUGGAAUAAUGAUCGGCAUAAACCACCCCUCUUGAUCGGAAUGCAAUUUCUUUCCGAUUGAGACGAAUUGGAUGAGAAUCUUCCGAUCGACAUGUUUACAUGACUCAUUUUUAUUCAGAUCGGACAUUUAUUCUGAUGUUUUGUGCUCCUGUAAACGCAGCUACAGGGAAUAAGGAAAAUGCGUUAUUAUUUAGAAAAAGAUCUUUGUGAUGUUGGUCUUUUGCGGGCCGAUCAAUUGACUUAAUGAAUCUGCCAAAAGAUCAGUCUGUCUAUCUCAGGUCCAAGACAAUGGCACAGUGUUAUCCUGGUAUUUAGAGGGGGCAUCAGUGAGAUAAGACGUCAUGAGCGUUGACCACUUUGCAACCCCAGCCACACUAGAUCCUACAUUUAACACUGAGUCUGAGCUCACCAGUGUCAUAUCAUCACUGGUUCCUGCUCAGCUCUGUUCUCCAGGGGUCUUUGCUGCUGCUCCCCUGGGCUUAGCUUGUCAUGAAUGCACUUGAAAUGAAGAGGAGGUGUUCUGGUGGUGAAGGGCAGAGAGCUCUCAGAACAGAGAAAUACUUAUGAAUGUAGCUUAAUGCAUGCAAAUAAGUCACUUUGAAAAUGUUGAAAAUUGAUCCAUUUUAGAUAACAACAUAUUUCUCUCUGUUCUCUUUCCCUUCAGCUGUUCCUUGUGUCGAAUGGUGGCAAGUUUAUGAAGAAGACCCUGAUCGGGGAGGCCUACGUAUGGCUCGACAAAGUCGACCUACGCAAGCGGGUGGUGAGCUGGCACAAGCUCCUCGCCAGCACAGCUCAAAUCCACUCGUAGGAGAAGGGACUCAAUCGAAAAAGAGAGUACACGAAGAGGUCUCUGAUAUCUGAGGACAUUUGGUUCAACAUCUGUAACACUGAUCCACUCUGACUGGGUGUGGGAGGCUGGAAUUAGGCCAAAAUAUCUCUUUCUUCAAUCUUUCUUUCAGGGCUUGGAUAGAUCGAGGUAUUGGAGGGUGCUUUUAUUUUGUAAGGGCAGUUCUGAUCAUGAUUUCUGUCAUGGAGGAAGUUUGGGGAAAGUACUUCUGUGUUUACAGGAAAUGAACACAAGUUUACAGAUUGUAGAGUGUGCAGAGGUGUGGCCAGGGGUGAUGGAAACACAGGUGCUGAGUUCAGAGAUGAAGCACGGAAUCAACCAGGUAUUACACACUUUAUUUACACCACACAACCACACACACACACACAUGCAGUGAUUUACGCAGAAGAGACCUUUUUAAUCCUACAGGGAAUGGACACACUUUGUAGAUCUUAUUUAUUUAUUUAGAUGUUUUAUCCAUAAAAGAUCGUAACCAUCGCUUUAUGGCCGCAGAGUUUUAUUGAUUUACAAAGCAUUUUGAGAGAGAAGACCUCUUAUUUAUUUUUGUAUUAAAAAAAAACAAAGACUUCUAUCAUUUGACUCCUCCUCAACAAUUGAAGUACAUGAAAUCAUUCCUGAAGUGAGCAAAGUAUAUUUAUAACACACUACCUAGCAUUCCAGUUUAAGGAGGCAAAAAAAUCCCAGCAAGCAUGACUUCAUUCACUUUGGACUCCAUUUGUUUUUAUUUCCAUCACUUUAAAUAUAGUUCUAUAGAAUGAGGAUAAAGAUCUAUAUUAAUAUAUAUGAUUAUAAAUAUGAAAUCGGACACUAUUUAUUGUGCGCAUGAGUUUAUCUAUUUGGAAUGCAGUGCCACAUGUUCUGCACAUAAGAAAAAAAUACGCCUCUAAGGUUCACUCUGUAUAUAGUAAAGUGUCAUAGCUGGAUAUUAAUUAUUAUAUAUAGAUAAAUAUAUAGAUAUCUUUAUCACUGACAAUCGAGUCUUGAUGAUUGUGACAUAGAGGUUUUAUUUACCCACGAUGCCCCUUUAGAAUGUGACACGCCUACCAUGUGAGAUUUGAGCAUUUCUUUGUUUUCUUCUAUGAAAUGACAGCACAUCAUAUACACUGCAAAAGCUCAAAACUAAGCCUGCGUUUGUAUCUUUUUUUUCCUGGUAAAAUCGACUUAUUAGACUUGAUAGUCGUCACAUUCACCUCAUCAGGCCAGAUAAACGUCUUCAUUCAAGACAUGACAAACGAAAUGAGUAAAAAAUCUGCCUUUGAGGUUAAAAAUAUCCAUAAAGAAGAAUAAUUUCUUAUUUCAGUCAAACUAACAAGAACAUUUUUCUACCUUGAGUACUAUGUAUUGUGCCAUUUUUGCUGUGAUACUAUUAAACUUAAAAGUGGUGAAAUCUACCCCAUUAAAUUCUCAAAUAAAAAAACUAAAGGAGCACCAAAAAGAAGCUGUUCCACUGAAAUGCGGUUAGAUUUAUUUAGUGUCAUGGCUUACUUUUGCCCUUUUAAAGUGUUUGAGGACCACCAAAGCCUGAAGCAGGUAGAGCACACCUUCAAGUUUCAUAUGCAUACAUGAAAAGCCAAGGCAGGCAGAGCAGCAGCAAAGACUGCCAGAGUACAGAUCAUGGCAGUGACAACACAUAUAACUCUAGAGAAAUAAUGUUUGACAUUUGAUAAUUGGCCAUGUUAAGAUUAGCUGAUAUAUAGUGGGUUGAGCUUGGCUUUGUAGCCUGCCUGAACUAACACCAUGCUUAAUUUUAUCACUAGAGACUUCCCUGCCUGAUCAUGAGCAUAUGUGGAAAGCUGGUGUAUGCAUGAAAAGCAAAGGCAGGGAGCUCAGCAGCAAAGAUUCUUUAUAACAGAGCUGUUUUACUUCCUCAGGUGAAUGUGGCUUACACAGUUUAUUAAUCUUAUUUUCUAACAGGAAUAAGACAAAAUCUCUUGCCUUGUUUUGAUCUUUUUGCAGUGUAUCAGUCAUUCCCAUUCUGUCCCAACGUUGCAAGCAUUUGUGGUAUUUUGCACUUUUUUUCUGCCUUAGAAUGUAAAACCGCCAUCAAGAUUAGAUAUUUAGAGAGAACAGAAGAAAGUAAAGAUGUAAAAAUAAAGAGAGGAUAUACUUUAAGAGGAUGCUGAAGAGAACAAAAAUGAUUUUAAAAAAUACCAGAAAUACACAUCAACAUUCAAAGAUGUGACAGUGCUACUAAACUAGCAUGUUGAUGUUUUGUCUGAGCUGUUUUUUCUUUCCUGUAUAUGUGUUUUUGUUUUGAUGUUACCACCUUGAAAUUCAGAUUUUGCGUCCUUGAACGAGGGCGUCCUGUGUGCUUGUUUAGGGGGAUAAAGGCAGAGCAGCUGGUUUACUCAAACUUGGCAGUGAAAACUACACAGAACAACUGAGGGAUUUCUAUGCAACAUCAACAGGGUGAAGAUGGUAACUGCAUUUUGACUUGGCAGAGGAAAAAUUUGUAUAUUUUUGUCUUUGCACUGCUGUUUUUUUUUUCUUCUUAAAACCCUCAUAAGACUUUCUUUUAAGAGUUAAUUGUUGUUUUGUACUGCUUUAUUAAGCUUUAUUUAUUGCCUGUGAAAAGAUUUCAUAUGUUGUAUUAUAUUUGUUUACAGUACAUAUCAGUUGUACAUAAAAAAAAGAAAGAAAUUUUGUUUUUAUACACAAAGUAGUGCUUGUUUACAACAUUUAGAGGGCCUGAAACUCAGAGAACCAACUUUUUUGCCCCUUGCACGAACACACACAAAAAUUAAAAUCCUCAAUUUCAUUGUUUUGAAUGAAAAUAGAGAUCACUUCCCUAUUUCAUCCUUUUCUGCGCCCUUUGUUUGAGUAUGUGACAAAAUGACCAAAAUAGACAACAUUGUAAUCGGUGGAAGUUACCUGAAAUGACAGUAGUCUUAGUUUAGCUCAGUGUGUGUUUUUAAUUUGGCUUUACUUUUAUUCCCAUGUGCUUGUGUGUGUAGCAUCCUCACAGAAAGUCCAUGCAUGUCAUCGGCUCCAAUGCAUAUCUCUUCUUUUAAGUGUCGUCUGUCUAAAAAAAAAAAAUCAACUUUAAAAUCUCUCAAAGAAUUACACACUAACACAGGAAACCACACACUCACACACAGAUGCCAUCUCUCUCUAUUUCCAACCUUGUAAAUACAUAGCUUUUUUAUACUGGGGUUUGGGGAGCAAUAGGUCUUUUAGCAGACAAAAAAGGUGUGUCAUAGGCGUCAAAGGACUUUUUCUUUUUCUCUUGAUCAAUGUACAGUGGAUAGACUGAGAAAUGAGCUUCUGUCUGUCUGUAGGGACCCACAUGUACCUGACCCUUUACACCAAACACUAAAGGUUUACCAGAGUCUAACUACACUGAAGUCUAUCUUAACAACUCGAGCAGUUGCAGGAGAAUUUAAAUGUGCUCACACUGGAUGUUGCAUGUUUUGUUGGUGGUUCAUACUAUUUUUGUGUCCAGAUAUUAUUAAAGAAAAAAAUAAGAAUGAGGUAGAGAAAGAUAUAGAACAAAAUGUCAUAGAGGGAAAAUACAAUUAUUAAAGAUGUAUGCUGACUGUACAAAGAUUAUGCUUGUAAAACCUGUCUGGUUUUUCACCUGUAAGUAAUCAGAAAAAAAUCUACUGUCAUGGUUUUGUGAUUGUAUACAGGAGGUAUUGAUAAAUUAUGCAAAUUGUGCUGUAAAAAUGGCUGUUGCCCCAUGUCUAAAUAUUAAAUAUAAGUACAAAUGAG